GCGAGCGGAGAGAGAGAGUCACACCCAUCCCGGGCUGAGUGUUACAAGAGCCCAGCCCUAGACUGGGUGCUGCCCACUCGGUGCGCUCCUGCGGCAGGGAUACCACGCGAGAGAGCCUGCUCGCCGGGGCUCAGCUACCGCCUCCAGGAAUCCAGGACAGGAUCGGGGUCUGGGCAGAAGCAGCGACCGGGACGACGCCGGGCAUGGCCGUGCCGGGCAGCUGAAGGCCACGGACCCGCAGGUACCAUCCGGGCGGGCUGGCAGGCAGUGGGGGGGGGGGGAGGUGGUCAGCUUGGGCCGGGAAAGGGGGGGAGGUCUGGUAGCCCCAUCGCACGGCCACAGCCUCACCAGGGCUGACGGGACUCUAUUUAAUUUCGCCCCCCCCCAAUCCUCCUGCAUACUUGAAAAUAAACUUGGGCACAUUUUUGCAGAGCACAAGUUAGUCUCCUUCAAGCGCCCCCCCUCAAAAAGUUUGUAUGUUUUAAAAGCUGUGCCUUGUCGAAAAGGGUUCCCCUCUCUGUUUGCUUAGCCCCCCCGUCCAGCCUUGGCACCUCUGGGCAACGCCCUUGGCACACGAGGCGGGAGGGUGGCGGAGCUUCCGCAGCCCUUUUUUUGCAGAGAAGUUGAUGGAAAAGUUUGAAAGUUUUGGUGCGCGUGGAAACCGGAUCGGUUUCGGGUGCGGAGAGGUGACCAAGCGAGGGGGAGAUUCCGGGAUCUGUGCCGAUUCGUAUUUAUUGGAAACCGAAGUUAUGGAAAUGACUCUGGAGAAGAGCCACCCACUCACUUCGAGAAAGUCCAGGGCUUUCCGCUGGGUGUGACCCCGCCCUAUCGUACUUUGAGGGGAGGGGUGCCCAUUGAGAAGUGGGGGUAGCAAGACCUGGUGUAGGAGCGGGGCUGGAUCCACAACUGGGAGGCUAUCCGCGUGUGGAUAGGCGGUGUGUGUGUGUGUGAAAACCAUCGGCUUGUUUACACGACGUUAGCUGGGCUAGUGGGCGGGGGUGGGGGGCUUGAGGGGCGAUGCGAGGGGGUGGUGCUUUUGGAAGUAGGGUUUUGCCCGGAGGCGAGUCUGAUGGAGGGGAGCUCGGAUGUCCCCCCAGGGUUGCUGCACGAGACGCUGGUGCGCAUGCCCGUCAAGGCGUUGGCUUACUCCGGAGUGACUUCUUUUUGUGGCAUCCAGUUUGCAGAUCGGAAGGCGUGCAACCCUCAGGAGAUCGGCCGGUUGCAAUCAACGGGUGUGUGUGUGUUAGAGAUCCCCUCCCAACCUCUUCGGACUUUUUGAAUUUUGAGGGAAUGACGCCUUUUUUUUUGCGUUCUUUCGGAUUACGGGGGAGUAAGGUCUGCACAGUCUUUUGCAAAGCUCAUCUCUGCCCCCCCCCCGUCCCAAGGGUGUGUUUGUUUCUAGGGGCUGGAUGGGCUUCGAAAUUCCACUUCCCUCCCGAGAGUAUUUUUUCUCUUGGCUUAAUUCGGAGUGGCUCCCUUUCGCAUUGCUUGCCGAGAAAAGUCUGGCCAUCUGUAGAAUGGGGAAUGUGCUGCACUUACGAAUCCGCGUGCAAAAAAAAAGGGGGGGGGGACGCUUUGCGUCUUGCGCUGGAUGUCACUUCGGAUCCAGCCUGCAACAGGCGCGGCGACUCCUCCUGGGCUCAAACUUUUGCGCGUCGUUUCGCCGGAGAGGGAGCGGCCGUCCGUCCCCGCGGCCGCCUCGCCUGGCUCAGUCCGGGGCUGGCCCUCUAGUAGGUGGGGAAGCUCCUCCCUGCCGCUCCCCCCCCCACUUGGCCCCCCUCCAGCUGCCUCUGGAAUGCGGUGGUUGGAAAGACUGACUAAUGCGAAGCAGGCUUUUUAGCUGGCAGAGGGAGGGAGGGGCUGAGCCCCGCUCCAAAACUUGGGAUUGAGGGGGGGCGGGUGAGUCCAGGAAGGGAUCUCUCUCAAGCAGGAGAGAGGGGCAAAAGAGCCAACACGUUGCAUGCAAAGUAGGGGGGGGGUCUCGUCUGUGGAGGCGCCUUGAAGGAGGGGUAGUGAAGUUCCACAGAAACUGGCUGUGUGCAUGCUUUUCUGUGGGGUGAGGCUGGGGGAAUCUGGGAGCUCUAUGAGUCUGAGGGAAAGCACUUUGCACGUGGCUUGUCAGCAGGAGCUGUGUAGGUGUGGAGCAGGGCGAGAUUUGGGGAGGUUUUCAAUAAAGAAGACUAUUUUCUGUCAGUGUAUGGGGCAUUCUGGGGGAGCCAGGGGCCUUUGCACAGCUAUUGGUAAGCUAUUCCAUGGGGCUUUGAAUAAGUGUCUACAAAUCCAUGGGACAGACUUGAAGACAUGUGUUUCUUCUGUAGGGUAGAGUUAUGAAAGUUUCUCUUCCCUCUGCAGCCAAACUCUCCUCUUUAGGAACACAGAUAUUUUAAUGGGACCAUGUGGGGUGUCUGAUCUAGGGGGCUGCAAAUAAUUCUGUGGGAGUUUAUAUAGCUGAGGGGAGUGCUUGUUCCAUAACACUGGUGAGUUUAAUUUUUAGGGGCCCACUGGGGAGAUUUAUAGAAAUGUGCAUUUCUGAGGCUGUGCCCCCUGGGCUAUGCGGUUGAGCAGCUCCGUGCCCCACCCUAUAGGAAUCCACAGUGGCAAUAAGUCCCCCACCUUUGUUCUGUGCACCCCACAUCCUUGUCCUGUAGCAGACAUGGUUCCCCUAGCAGAUUGUAGGGGCCAGUUUAGAGCUCCGUCUUAUUAUAGAGUCCACUCUUGUUGGGGAGUUCCUCCACCUCUUCUCAUCCAGGAUUGUUGUUUUCCUCCUGGCUGGCUCUCCAGAGCCACAGAUGGGUCCACAAUGACACCCAGCUUUGCUCUCAGUUCUGCUCUGUAUCUCUGGGCAAGGCCGAGAUUUGGUUAGGUGAAAAGGGUGUUGGCCUCUGCCCUGGCAGGUAGGGCAGGCCGGAGCAUACUGGUUCUGUCGCUUCUUCCUCCUCCACCACCGUGGUUGCUGGAUCAUGGGUUUCCUUUGGGCGUGGCACCUCUGCAGCAAGCAAACUCUGGCCUGGUGCAGCACUAACCCCCCAGACACUUUCUGGAGCAGUUCCUGGCCCCAUGGCAGCUCGCUUGGAGCUCCCACGACAACCACAAAAGUUUAUUUGAAUUUAGUUGACACUGAACAUUAACUCUCACCCCCUUUUUUUGUCCUGCGUGGCAGGCGUCCCAAAAGCUUUCCUAGCACAAAAGUUGCUGGGUUUCCCCUAUAAGUCUCCACUGGAAUGGGCAGCUCUGAAAAGGGGCUUUGAUGGGUCGGGAGUGGAGACACUUUCUCCCCCAACCCCACUUUUCAAAGCGUCUUCGAGGAGAGGCCAAACGUCCCAAGUGAACCAAGUUGGGGGGGGGUAGUGACCCAUACACAAAGCAAGGCCAAGGGGUGUCUUGGCCAGGCUAGCAGGCUGGACAAAGUUUUGUGUGUGUUGUCUCUUUUAAAGUGGUAAGAUUCAUGGUUGGCGCCAGAGGCACAGUCGGUCAGCUAGGGCUUUGGCCUGAGGACUUUGGGGGCUAUGGAGGGGGUGGCUUGCUUGGUUGGUAAGGGAGGGAGAGAACUUCAAGUUCAAAAACUCCCAACUCCUGACAUGACGCUUUGUUGGGGUGGGCAGCCAGUGGGAGCCCUCCAGAUAUUGCUGGCAUCUAACUCCCAUCUGAACAUUGGUCAUCCUCGUUGGGAGUCCGGCUGCGUCAGGAGUGCCCCAUGUUCCCCACUCUUGCCCUAUUCUGAGGCCUAGUAGUCCUCAAGUAGCCAACCCUGUGCCUUUAUUACUAGACUGCAGGUGAGGGCUCAGCUGACUGAAUGCUCCCUGAUCACUGGGUUUUAUUUGUUGGCAUGGGCGCAUAUUCAGUCACAUAAAUUGCAACCUGUAGCUGUAUAGCCCUGGCAGAAGUUUACCACCUCAGUGAGAAGCAGGACCUUGAAGCGCCCAUUGAAAGACAGCAGAUUUAAGAGAUGGCUAGGACAGGACAAGAAGGCUUAAAAAGCAACCUGAAGACAGCCCUGGCUGAGUCCCCCGCAAACGUUUCCUUUCCCCCUCACUGGCAUUUUCUUCCCCUCAGCUCUUGAAAGGGACUCUGUGUUUUCCAGCUUCCCUGCCUUGUCCACCUUGCACCUUCCUGGCUGGUAAGGCCUGUGUUGCAUUCCUUCUUCCAGUUUGUUCAUGAGGUGGUUCCUGGCCUGGUCUUCAAGGCACAGUGUGUUAAUUUGCCUUUCACCAUGUAUCCCUUUGCUGCAAGGGUUUGUUGAGGGCACAAUUAAGCAAUGGGAGAAGAGACAGAGAGAGAAACCGCUUUGAAGGUUAACAUUACUUUAGGGUCCGAAAGAAGGUCUUUUCCACUGGAGUCUUUCUAAAAAAAAAGGGGGGGGUGAUUGCAAUUAUUUCAGGUUGCUAGUGUACGUUUUGGGACGUGGUCUUCCCAAUACCAAAUUUCGCUGUUCAGGGACAAAUCGACAACCAGAGGGAGGAUGGUUUUCGACCACCUGAAGAGAAGCUUUGCAUUUUGAGGAUUGCAUGCCUGCCAGCUGCUAGGUAAUACAGUGAUACCUCGGGUUACAAACACUUUGGGUUACAGACUCCGCUAACCCAGAAGUAGUACCUCGUGUUAAGAACUUUACCUCAGGAUGAGAACAGAAAUCGCACAACGGCAUCAGCGGGAGGCCCCAUUAGCUGAAGUGGUACCUCAGGUUAAGAAUGGUUUCGGGUUAAGAAAGGACCUCCAGAAAGAAUUAAGUUUGUAACCAGUGGUACCAUUGUACUACAUAACUUGGCUUUGCUCGACUCUUUUAGCUAGUGCACCACCCAAAAUUAAUCUCUGGCUUUCCUAAUGUAAAGGCUGUUAUGUUGCUCUCUUUUUCUACUUCUGCCUAACCAGGAACUUGGGCAUUUCGUAUACGGUGUGAGGCAGAUCUGGGUAAUAGCCUGGCUUUGCGUUUUUUGAAACAAAGAGAAUCCUAGGUGUGUAACCUGAUCCCUGCAAGCACCUAGCAGAAGGCUAAAUCAGUCUGCAAUCUCCAUCUUCAGACUGAGUUCAAAUGCAGAUCUCAAAGUUUAAACCUCAUCUGGACAACUCAAAAGUUUGCACACUGUUUUGUAACAGUUUGGCUGAUUUAAAUAGAGAUGUGUUGCCCAGCUGUGGAUUUUGGAGUGGGGUGCCUUCUCAGUUCUGGGAGAGAGUUGUAGGUGACUUUAAAAAGCAAAGAAACCCAACCAAAAACCUCUUUUUUGGGGGGGGGGGGGAGAGAAUUGAGUUCCUUUGGACAUCCCUGCUCUGCAAGGGCGGCGGCAGCGUUUCUGCUCACGAGGUUGGCGCACGUGAGACGUGGAGUUAAUUCAUAUGUUCCUAAAGGAAACGUAGCUCAGAAUGUGCUGCAAAGGCCUGGUCCUUCCAGGAUUCCUGUCCAAGAUUUUUUGCGGAUGCUGCUUUGGAGAAAAACUGUUUCCUUGCCAGUUUGGUAUUGUCUUUGAAAAGGGUGGAAUAAUCCUGAACGAGAAGGACAAAUGGAAAGCAAAAGGCGCCUGGGAUUUCAGCUCCAGAAAUGGAGGAGAACAUUGCCUUGGUGGGGCUAAGAUAUGGGGCGUGGAAGAGAGAAAGAGAGAGAGGAAAAGUGGGAGGUUGUAUGUCGCUCUUGGGAAAUCCAGAAAGCACAGGCUGGUCCCUGUUAGUAAUUUCAGAAGCAUGGUGGAGCCUUCAGCCGAGGCGGUGAGUAACCCAUUAAAAAUCAUCUGAAUUCAAUCCAUUUUCAUAAUUGCUUUGCAUAACUUCGACUCUUGCAUCAUUCUGGUUUUGCUGGUACUAGGUGAGCGGGCAAGGGCACUGGCGUUUCAGAAAAAGUUUCAGUUAGCAGCCCCUCCGGCUUCUUGAGAUUUCAUCAGCUCACACGCUUUCAAGCAUACAUUUCACAACUAUAAGGACUAGAAACUUGAUUUUUUAAAAAAGAAAAAGCCAGGACUGUCAGGUAGUUGAAUCCUGUUCUUAACUGUCCCCAUUCUGUCCCCCAUCCGUUGUGCCCCUGUCGUUCUCCAAAAUCUCAGCAUUCACACAAAGUCCUGCCUUUGAAAACAGCUCUGUACAAUUUAGCCUCCCAUACACCCAUCCCUUCGUCCUCUUAAUCAAAGGCAGUAACCUGUUUUUUGCAGUUCUGGGACACUUCACAUGUUUGUUGAGGGUGUGUAAGAGACCUGUGACCCUCAUGUCCUUGCUCCUCUUUUGGUACACGAGAACGAAGGUGAAAAGGGGAGGGGAGGAAGCUUCCCUUGCCUAGUUAGAAAACCAACAGCUGCAAGACCAAUUUGGCUUUUCGUUGACAGUGUGAUAAUUGACAAAGGGACGGACAAACUUAAGCCUAGUUCUUACUGAGGCGGUCCGCUUGUGUCUGGAGUGGCUUCUUCCAAUUGCAAGUUGCAGCUGUAUGGGGACAGGGGGUUGAGUCCUUUGGUUCAAGGUGAUCUCUCUCCCGCCCCCCACCCCCCAAGUCUGGAGCGAUACUGCCCAGACACAUGUCAUCCACCUUAAUGGGAAUUAAACUUUGAACUAUCCAUGAGGGCUGUUGUGGCUUUGCUCCAUACUUUGGAGAGCAGCGAAAUUAAGCCAGAGUGUGUUAGGCCAGAAUUCCAUGAAAUAUUAGAGGACGAAAACCCCAAAAGUAUUGGGUGCGGAAUUACUAAGUUCCCAAAGAAUCUUAGCUUUCCUUUAAAAAAAAAAGAGAAAAAAAAGAAACUCACCAAAUUCCUAGCUUAAUGGUUGCGCGUAUCUGUGCUUGAAGAUAUCUGGGCUAUGCCCACUGAAAUAUCAGAGGGGUUUUGGGGAAAAUAGUUAGUGCGGUUAGGGCAUCUACAUUACAUGCCUCCAUAUGUAUUCAUGCAAAAGGAAAGAGCAUGCAAAAUUAUGCGCGUUGCAAAAUCCUGCCUCUCUCAGUACAGAGCGCAGAGCGCAGACGGCCCUGGGUGUAACUGGCUGGCAGAGUAAGAGCCUCCACCAUGUUCUUUGAAGACUUGUGAGGUUCCAAGCUUCCUGACUGACAGCUGCCAACUCUCCUUUCUUCUAGCUCCAAGCACGUCAGCUUCCUAUAGAAAGAUCUCCCCCCUCCCCCUGCCACCCCUGGCUCUUGUGCUUUUCUAUGCUAUCAAUUAAAACUUCCCCUUUCCUGGUUAUUGGUACCCAUAUCUUUUCUGCCACUGCUCUAAUAGCUUUCCGGGCAGGGGGCAGAAUGGAAAUUUAGAACUGGGAACUGGUGCAGGUGAAGGAAUAAAACCGCCUCUCCCCAUUGCUGCUCUGCUCCAGCAACUUUUGGAGUCCCUGCCUCAGCCAGCUACUUUUAGGUAAAUAUGAUACAUGCACAUGCUGGUCUUCCAAGCUUCAUCCGUUUAGGCCUUGAGUAGGCUCUUUUAAAAUGUGAAACAAGUCUCUGGUGUGUUGUGUGUGAGCAUCAUAUACAGAAGAAAUUGACACACUAGACUCGCACAUUCAGCAUCCUUUGGUUUCAUUUAACACUAGCAACCAACUUUGAAGCCCUCAUGGUUACAAAGGGGGAAAGUGCAGGGAGAGUUUUCAGAGGGUCAAGUACUGGACUCAAUUCCAUGGCUUUCUGUGAGAACACAAAUAAAUUCUGUCAAAUAUAUGUGGUUUUAAAUUCCAGCAGAUCGUAAUUUUGGAUUUGUUCAGUAUGCCGCCUAAGCAGCCUCAUGUUCGGAAGUGGAUCAUGCUCUUUAUGCAUUCUGGAUUGGACCAGGGUGCUAUUGGGACAAAAAAAGCAAGAGAAGCCAAAAGUGUGCCGUUGUUUCCCACAGCUGUGAGUCAUGCAGAGAUGCAACGGGAAGCCUUGGCUGGGGUUGGGUAAUUCGGCUAAAUCUCUGGGUUGGAAGUGAUUGUGUGAGAUGUAAUUAUCUGGUUGCACCUGAUGUGGAAAUGCGUCUGCCGCUGGCAGGAGCCGAUUGGAUGGAGUUAAAAGUCCUGAUCAGGCAGAGAAGCAGUGGGCAACCUCCUUUGUGGCUGGGUGGGUGUCAUUAUUUAUGUGAGCAUGCUCACAGCCCUCUCCUGGCAUACGGUGUGGGGGUUACUGAUUCUGUCAGGGCUUCUUUAGCCGUGAUUCCUGCAUUGCAGGGGGUUAGACACGAUGACCCCUGGGAGUCCCUUCCAACUCUACGAUUCUGUGCUUCUGCUACUCUGUGCAACUUCACCCCUUCUGCCUUCUGGAGUGGGAGAAUGUCUUCUCAUCUGCCUGCGGAUGGGCAGCCUUUGGGGCUGUUUCCCUGGCGUCUCUAUCGUCGUUCUGUUCUUCUUUCCCUCCUCUGCACCCCAUUUCUCCUGGGCUCCUUUGGAAGGAAGGGCGAGGUUUAAAUCUAACGUAAAUAAAUAAAAAUUCAUGCGCAGGGGAUAUCGUUUAAACAGGAAGGCAGACAGUAAAGAUCCUCUUCCGUGAACGUAGGUGAUUGAGGGGCAGUUAGACUUUGGCAGGAGAAAGGCAAGCACCACCCUCCUCCUCCUCCUGAGAGAAAAGAUCUUCGCCUGUUUGCCCAAACCGGUGACUCUGGAAUGAGAGGCAGGGACCAGCCCAUGCAUUGUGGGAGCCAUGUGGGUGUGUUGCUCAGUCCUCCAAAGGCAUCUUUCUCUUUGACAUGUGGCAGGCUGGGUCGGUGGAACCUGCUGGAGUUUGACUGAACUUGGGAGGAUAAAGGCAGCUAGCUGCUUGAUUCCUGCUGCAGGUGCAUAUUGUUGAGAGCUGGACUGAAGACUCUGACUUCAGCAGAAGAUAAUGGCAUUGUUCUCAACUACAUGGUCCUGAACAGAAGGAUACUGGCAAUCUGUAAGAAGAGCCUUGCUAGAUGUGGCCAAAGGGCCAUAUAUCCCAGCGACCUGUUUCAGGCAGUGGGAAGCUUUCAAAGGGAGGGGGGUCCAGAGGCACUCACCCACCCACCUACUCCACUUUGAGCCAUUGUUGACUCCCAAGAACUGGCGUUCAGUAGCUUUGCUGGAGCUAGUUCAGCAGAGACUAGAUGGCCACCUUACAAUAAAAUAAUGCAGUGUCGAAACAACAAAUAGUUUUUGAAAGCAAAAUCACAAUAAAACAAAGCACCAAAGUGAUCUAUAAUAAGAUAAAAUUCCAACGUAUAAUUGGAGGAACGAAAGCAUUUUUGUGUGGACCUCUUGGGGAAGGGACUUCUCCCUCCAAGAUGGAGUGCCACAAUCUAAAAGCCCCCAUCUCUCGUUACCCAUCUCUCCUGAUCGUAGCAACUAGGUAGGUUUAGGCAGGAACAGUUAAGCACUGCAAAGUAGUGCUUCUUCUUACCUGUCCUGAAUCUUAAGCCCAUCAGUUUUGUUGACCUGGAGUUUAGUUCUGCAUGUGGGAAACACCCCCCCCACACACACAAUACUUUCUCUGCACUGUGCAAAAUGAAGAAAACUAUGGAACUCGCUUCCACAGGAGGCAGUGAUGACCACCAGUCUAGAUGGCUUUAAAAGAGGAUUAGACAAAUUCACGAAGGAAGAAAGAGUUAUUGAUGGCUACUAGCCACGAUGGCUAUGCCAUACAGCCAGAGGUGAGAAUGCAGGACGGGAGAGGGCUCUUGUACUUAGGUCCUGCUUGGAGUUUCUCCCCCAGGCAUCUGGUUGGCCACUGUGAAAACAGGAGGCUGGUCUAGAUGGGCCAUGGGCCUGAUCCUGCGGGGAUCUUCUUAGGUUCAUAAAGAGAUGUCCCUGCCUUACAAUUAAAUUUCAACACAAGACAAAAGGAGUUAUUUGCUGCUUCCUUUGCCCAAGUGAGCUUAGAAUCAGCUUAGGGAGGGUCUGGAAUAGGACACAAGGAAUCUGGAGGCCAGUCUGACCCAAUUUCACAAAGACUGGAGCACACAGCACCGUGUUUGCUUCAUGUGAAGGUGAUGCAAGGAGGAGACACAACCACAAGAAUUCUAGGAUUGGAGUGUCACAGGGUUGGGGCAGAGGCAGAAUGCCAGAUCCCAGCCUGCUGCAGCCCCCGGGGGCAACAGGAGUGGCAAAAGCUGCUCACUUCUCUUGCUCUGGCCUCCCCACUCUCUCUUGUUUUUUAAAUAUCAUUAUCAGCCUGAUCUCCCUUGCUUCUUUGGGGCUUGCCCCAACACAGUAGGUGUGAAGAGCUGGGUGGCGAGGAAGGUGCCAGUGGUUGGGCUUGUUCCCCCAGUACCUGAAAACAAGACAAAGGGGAACCAGCAAAAGGGCCUGUUCAUGCCCUGGAGAUCGCUCAGCAGCUUCAAUAGGGGACAAGCCAGGGCAAGUCGGUGGAACCAAGGAGCCUGGGAUGUGUCUGGCCAGGUUAUUGUACAGUCAGCUAUCGCAGAGGAGCAUGUGCGCACGGAAGGGCUGGGUAUGUGUUCUUGGUCUCCACGAUACCAAUGGGAUGUGUGGGUGUGUGAAUUGAUUGCGGGGCGUGUGUCUGUGUACUCUAGGCCUGCCAAGGUGGAACCCAUGAGUGCAGCAGAGGAUUCCAGGGGACACCUCUUUAAGGCGCACACUCAAAUCUCAAACAAGUUGUUGGCCAGAGUCUUCAUACCUUGCUGUUCUUGCCCCCCCCCCCCCCGGUCAUUCCACUUUGCUGCUUCCCACACAAUCCACAUGUAGGCAGGGUUUUGUUUCUCAUUUCUUAAAGCCUGGCUAAAAAGGUCUUGCAGGGCUGUUUUUCCCCCACAUUGCAUCCAAAACCUACUGAAACUGUUUGACUGCAGCGAUUGAAGGAGGUGUGCCUGCACCAGAAGAAGUGAAAGCCUUUCUCAGACCCCUUUCAGUUUCCCUGAAAAAUAAUCCCCUGCCCACAUAAGUCUUACAGUUGUAAGGUAGUUUAGGUUUUCAGGACUUCUUGUUGUUUAGUCAUUCAGUUGUGUCCGACUCUUCGUGACCCCAUGGACCAGGGCACCCCAGGCACUCCUAUCUUCCACUGCCUCCCGCAGUUUGGUCAAACUCAUGCUGGUAGCUUCGAGAACACUAUCCAACCAUCUCGUCCUGUGUCGUCCCCUUCUGCUUGCGCCCUCCAUCUUUCCCAACUUCAGGGUCUUUUCCAGGGAGUCUUCUCUUCUCAUGAGGUGGCCAAAGUAUUGGAGCCUCAGCUUCAGGAUCUGUCCUUCCAGUGAGCACUCAGGGCUGAUUUCCUUAAGAAUGGAGAGGUUUGAUCUUCUUGCAGUCCAUGGGACUCUCAAGAGUCUCCUCCAGCACCAUAAUUCAAAAGCAUCAAUUCUUUGGCGAUCACUAGCCGUUUGCUAGUGACAUGCAUUUUAUAUUUGGGAAGCUGCUACACCCAAGUGCAAAAAUGGCAGCACAAGCAACAGCCCCAAGAGGAUGGCAGGAAACAUGGGCUUCUAAACACACUGUGCCUCCACCUCCCCACUUUGAACAACAUUUCUGCUUUCCUUUCCCGUCCAUGCCCAUGUCCCAGCUUUGUGCAACUAGGACGGUCAGUGAGCCUUUCCUUUGUGCUAGAAAUGCUUUCUCUCUCCCAUGCAUGCACACCCACUCCCUUUUGUCUCCUUUCUGGGUGCCCCCAAGCCAAUGUAUCUGGCAAGUUCUUUGCCUUCCUAAUUGAAUUUUCAAUGCCGCUCAUAUGACUUUAUGGUUUGGUGUUGCUCUGGAUCACCAGUGGAACAAAGGCAGGAUUUUCUUCCUCUUCUACACAAUCCAACCCUUUCAAUCCCUGCGUUGAUUGGAGCAGAAGGGGCAUGAAAUUGAAAGGGGAAGAGAACAGGAUCCUGCUUGUCCUGGGGAAGGUGGCCCCCCAGUACAAGAGAUUGUCCUUGCUUCAGAAGCAGCUCCCCCCCCCCCCGGCAUUCUUGGAGUACUCCUAAUACACCAGUGCAGAUGCAUGGAAAGCUUAAGUCUAUGUGAGCUUUGUUUGCAGUGCUGGAGAACAGAGAAACUCUGAUCUUGUGCAGUUUUCUGGAAUCUAGAGAAUCUAAUCAGAACAGCCCUUGCAUGAGACCAAAGAUCCAUCUAGUCUUGAUGGUGUGUGUCCCUUCCUUCCUUCCUUCCUUCCUUCCUUCCUUCCUUCCUUCCUUCCAGAAUGACUGACCCCAGCAAAACUAUCCACUGAGCUUCAUAGGUGAGUGAAAUCUGAAAAUAGAUGAGGGAUGGGGAGCCCAUGGUCCUUCAGAUGUUGUUGGGAUUCUCAGUUUACCAACAUGGCCUGUGGUCAGGGACAAUGGGAGUUCUAGAUUAGCAACAACUUGAGAGCCAGAGGUUUUCCAUCCCUGCUCAGGUAGAAGCAGAUGAUGUACCUAAGCAACUCAAUAUAUGUGCAUUGACUGAAUUGUGCCUAAUUUCGCUGGCAGAACUGGCCAGGUGUGCAAGCUCUCUCCCUCUCACCACUGUGUACAAAACUCUACCUGUGGAGUUCAGACUUUACAUCAGCCUAACAAAGACCAACGUCCUGGGUCAGGUUGUCACCCAACACUCCACACAUCAAGCGUUGAUGACCACAUGUUUUGGGUGGUAGAUGGUUUUGCCUCCCUGGGCUCCAUCGUAACCAGCAAUCUCUCCAUUGAUGCUGAGCUGGAUAAACAUAUUGGCAAGGCAGCUAUGGCAAUGGCUUUCCUCUCUGAAAGGGUAUGGAAGAAUGUGAUGCUAAUGACCAACGCAAAGAUGAAAAACCAGCUCUGCAUUACAAAGAUGUCUGCAAUUGUGACAUGAAGGCUGGCGACGAUAACUCAGCUUGUGUGGGAAUCCCUUGCAGACAAACCACAGUGCCUGGAGACAGUCAUUCGGGUCAUACAUCCACAGCAGUGACCAGAGGAGGAAUGACUGCUUGGAGGGCCACAUGGUCCACCUGCCUGAGCAGAACUGGAUGCCUUCAUCUGCCCCAGCUGCAAAACAUGUCUCUGCAGUGACAGCGGGUGCUGUAACUCUCCAGUGGUUGACUUCACCCCCCGAAGGCACACUCCUCCAUUGUCUCCCGAGACAGACAGAUGCCAAUCAGCCUCUGAUUACAGUGUUUGACCUUUUGGUCCUAGGUCAGAAGAGUCUGUCCUUGCUGACUGAUUCUCUUCCUCCUCCCACUCAUCUGUUUUAUAUGUCAAAUAGCCAUCACAACAUAUACAUAAAACUCGUAAAACAGGCGUUAUGCAACUUAUUAAAUCUCAGCAGCGAAUAAUAGUGAGACAAGAAGAUUGCAGAGGAAACAUACCAGGGCAUAGUCACACCCUCUUAAUGUUUGACAUGUGAAAAUUGGGGCAUGCCUAUGUAAGCCUCCUCUUCUCAGUCCCGUGACCAGCACCUGACUCUUUCUCAUCCUCUGUUUGUUCCUCAGGGCUGAUGUGCCUUCUCUGCCUCUUCUGUUCUUCUUGUAGUAGUUUAAAAGCAAAAGGGGCUUUAUUGUCAUGUUCCAGUAUACACUGGAAAUACAUGAUUGCCCUAUAAUAUUGUUAAUGGCAGCUGGUUUUAUUAGGCAGUUCGCUACUGAAUCAUGCAUGCUUUCACCAGUGAGAGCUAAGGGUUAGGAAAUGGUCUCUUGGCAGCUAGGAAUCUCCCUGUGCUUUGGAAUAUGACACCGAUCAGAGCUUGGAGAUGGCCACAUCCCUCCUGCUAAGAGUUUGUGUGGGUGUGUAUCUGGAGUCAGCAGCUGGGAACACUGGUUGGAGGGAAAGACAGGACGUAAAUCCUCAGUGAAAGCCAAGCAAUGUGUUAUCAGCAGUUCAAAAGGAGCAGGGAUGGGGAGAAGACUGUAGCCUUCCAGAAGUUGUGGGGCUACAACUCCCAUCAUCCCUGACCACUGGCCAUGCUGGCUUCUGGAACCAAUGGGAUUUGGAGUCCAACAACAUAUGGAGGGUCACAGGUUCCUCACCACUGUGCUGGAGGCAAGGUAUAUGCACCCAUCCUUCCCUCCCUCAGGGGUGGAAUAUGUGUGGAGCCAGGGGGAUGGGGGGUGAUGUUUCUCAGAGGCAUCCUCAAGAGGUGAACUAGAGACAACUGUGACGUAUCAGAAAAUAAAGAGCUGUCCCUGAUACAGAGGGAUCAUUAGGCUGUAGGCAUAUCAGUCCCAGCCACCAACCUGCUGCCCCAGAUAUGCAGCUAGAAGCCAAGGGUUUCUCUUCGCUCCUAGUAGGUUUCGGAUCAGGAGGUCAGUUUACAAUGGGCCAGCAUGACCACCAAAGGAUGUAGCCCAUUUGAGGGUUUCCUUUGGGGGGCACUAAGGGCCAAGACAGGAAUUUCUGAAUAAUACACCUCAAGUUAAGUGGCAUAUGGAUUUUAAGCUGCACUCGCUUAGUCCUAUUCCUAACCCCAAAGUGCUUCUGAAAAGGGAUGUUGAUUACUUUUGGGGGGAGCAUUUAACAACCAGACAGGAUGGAGGCAGGGUGUGUGUGUGUGGUGGCUUCCUGCAGACUCUGCUUUAUAUCUGCAACCCAGAGAAGGGUACCUCUCUCUCCCCUCCAGCAAUAGUAACAUUUGGUCUGUGUUGCUGCCACUUACAAUUAGUCCAACACAAAACAGCAGUGGUUGACAUACCAUACAGACCGGCACCCACUGCACCCAGAAGGUCAGGUCAGAUUGUGCCUUGGAGAAAAUGCUUUGAAAGGAAUACUGUGUGUGUUGGGGAUGCAAAAUCUUGUUUACAUGCAGAUGAAAGGAGGAUAGUCACCCUAACUAUUGAGAAACCACACCCAAGCAUUGUCUGAUUUGGGGGCAGGUGGGAGGGAAACGGGCAAAACUUAAUGACUGUGAAGAUACCAUGCCUGCCUUUCAUCCACAGACAUAAGGGACUAGAUGCUUGUUUGUGUUUCAGCUAAGGAAUCUCUGCGCAUUCUCUUCAACCUCCUGAUUUUGCAAAUCUGUACAGAUAAGUGCGGCGGCAGUUCCGAGUUCAGAAUUCAGUUCCUGCUGCAAAUCUGGCUCGGUGGUUUGUCCUAGACGUUGUUAUAGGAAUUUUAAGGUGUUGCUCUCAGCCUCCGUUAUGCAAUAUCGAUAUUGAUACUGAUCUCCUUCGCAGGAUUGGUGCAAAGGUUGCAACAAGGAGAAAUGUGUGUGAACCUCUUUGAACACUUGGCUUUAUAAAUAUGUUAACAUUAGGCUGGGAGAUUCCUGCAGUGACUGGAGCUGGGAUUGUUGUUAAGUUUCUAGCAUGAGAGUGACCCUGGAGUAGAAGACAUGUGAAUGUAAGAAGGGUCUGCUGGAUGAGACCAGUGGCCCAUCUUGGCCAGCAUCCUGUUCUCACAGUGGCCAAACAGAUGCCCAUUAUGGGAAACCCCAAACACAAGAGCAGUUUCCAGUGAAAUGGUCCUCAGAAGCAUAUCUGUCUCCAACUUUGGAGAUAGAGAACAGCUAUCCUGGCUAGUAGCCAUCAGUAGUCUUCUCCUGUUCCCUGAAUUUGUCCAGUCCUCUUCUAAAGCCAUUGCUGCCUCUCCUGAUGGAAGGUAGGGUCUGCAGCUCAGUGGUCGCUCCCAGAUUCAGUCCCUGGUAUCUCCAGCUAAAGAAUAUCAGGCAGCAGUGGGCGGGAAAAGCACCUUGCUUUCUGCCAGAGACCUGCCUCCAGCCAGACUUAACAAUACUCUGAUACGCCCCGAAUAAGUUAACUUCACAUGAACCAGGCCUGUGAAACCUCACUCUCAGCACCCUCUUAUCUCUUCCAUCUCCGGUCCUGAGGAGUUGCAAGGGCUGGGACUGAGGAGAAGGAAUCUGCCUCUGCAAGUUUUGCAGCCUCAAUUUGGAAGGCAGAAAGGGGCAGGCAGGCAGAACUUCGCCCAUGCCCAGAAGUCUCUGUGGAGUGGAUCCAGGGUGUUGAGACGCAGCAUAAAGGACUCCUUGUACAAUGCCAAGGCGAGCUGUGGGGUGGCAGGACUGAGGGUUGAAUGCAAGCGUAUCUCAGCCCGAGGCUUUUUGCGACAUGAAUUGGGUCAAAGGGAAGAAUUUGGGGCAAUCAGGAGGAGGCUGUGAGAUAGCGAAGCUUUGAAGAAUUUGAUGCAAUUAGGAGGAGGCUGUGAGAUAGCAAAGCUUUUGUGCCUGGAAUUAAGCAGAUAACUGGAGGGUCGCCAUUCUCCUUCAAAAGGGAAGGUGUGCAUUAGAGCAGGCACCUCCAACUCCCAAGAGAUUGCGAUCUACUCACAGUAUAAAACAACUGGCAGUGAUCUACCCAGAGUUCUUGAGCUUUUUUUUAGGGAGCCAAAGGAUCAACCAGGACCAUCACUUGUUCCAUGUCUCUGAUACACAAAAUAUGAGUAUGCUCGGCUGACGAAGCCUGGCAGGGUGAAACAAGGUAUUAUUCCGGAAUCCUUGUCACAUUUAAGUUCUUUCGUCUGACACCGGCAUACAACAGCUAUUUUUUGCAAAGGCACAUGUUAAGAUCUUUCGUAUCCUUUGUCUGAUACCUGCACACAGCAGCUGUAUACAAUAACCAUACUUUGCAAAGGCAGAUGUGGAACAUUACAAAGAAAAGUUCAUCUUUUUCAAAUACUGCUCCUUAAAGUUGUUACAUUUGGCACUUACCGGUAUAUUCGCUAAGACAUACGUGGAAUACAAAAAGCUUUUAUUUGGACAUUACGUUUAAAAAACAUGAUUCAUUUAUACAUACGUGGAACACAAAAGCUUGUAUUUGGACAUUACGUGUAUAAGAACUGAUAUAUUUGUAUUUCCUGUUCUAAAUGUUGGUCCUUAAUUGCUUCUACUCAAUUAGAUAAUGUGAAAAGAGUUACCUGUUUAUAUGAUGUAUAAAGAAUUUAUAUAGUUAAACACAGCCAGGUACGUUGUGCCUAUAUUUGCAUUAGAGCAACAGCUGGAAAGUUUUGCCUGGGUUUGCUAGAGCACCUUUUCCUCCCAAGUCUGGGCUGUGAAUUGGGGGACCCACCAAGGCAAAGGAGGCUGUGCAAUAAGACCCAGACUUGUCAUAGGGUCCCAUUUUCUGAGGUCUGCCCUGAUUCUGGGCAGGCCACCUCCCAUAAAUUCCGGCCAUUCCUUGGCUUGGAUUCCUGGCUUUCCAUGUUUUGUUUCUUUUCAAAAGCACCAAGCUGGCCACUAGUCCUUAUAGAGCCAGAGAUAUGAAAGCAGAUGUGCAGGUAUUCCUCCUCCUAGCCAUUUGGCCUUCCUAGAUUUUAACCGCAUUCUAAAACCUAAUAGCUUCAGAGAAAAAGUUAAUUGGGGUGUAGAAUCCACACUUGCAGAAAUGCCCUCUUCUGCCCAGAGCAGCCAUUGUUUUCCAUCUGGGCACCCUCUGUUUAACUUCCCCACCCACUUCAUUUGCAUAAUUAGCAAAUAAUUUGCAGGUCCGCCUUGCUGAGCUCCUGUUCCAGGCUGCACUGUGGAGGAAGAGGCCAUGUUGAGCAGAAGCUGUCCCUCUUCCUCUCCUCUCUCUCUCUCAUCUGCUCACUAGUUUAGAGGCAGGAAUGGCAAGGAGGGCUAGCAGAGGCCAGAGGCUGGGAUGUGACCCUAGACAGGUGCCCUGUGAUGCUGACACCAGGCAGAGCCGCAUGUCCCAUAACAAGUCACGUGCCCUUCCUCCCUCACCCGCCCUUGCCGAAAAUGUGGAUGUUUCCUUAAGCUCCCGGUGUUGCAAUUAAAAUAAAUGCAGCCCUGUUGAUACCUUGCUUGCAUCCUUCUCCAGGCAGAAAUUGGAUAGAAAUAUAACAUAACACCUUAGCUGUUAUUGAAAUGCAGAGGCAGUUGCAUUUUAGCAGAUGAGGUUCUUUUUUUGUUUUGAAAGGAAGGGAGUUAAGAGCUGGGGGUGGGGUGUCAUCAGAAAGGCCUUGUUAGACCAGGUGAAAAGGCCCUUAUUUUCCAGAGUGGCUUGUGAGAUGUCUCUGGGGGAAGCCCUUAGCUAGGAUAUGGAGAGGGAAGCUGUCUCCUCACUGUUACCCUCUUAGCCUCGUUGGGAACACUCUGUCCCAGGGAUGGGGAACCUCUGGGGGCCCUCCAAAUGUUCCCACCAGCCCCAGUAGCGAGCCUGGCCAGUGGUUAAGGACAGUUAAGAGCCAGCAGCAUCUGGAAGGUGGCAGGUUCUCCACCCCCAUCUUGGGACGAGAUGGGCACAUUAUUGAGGAGCGCCAUCUUGAUGACUCCCAACCCAAUCCUCUCAGACUAACCUGCAGGGGCAGAGAAGCAAUAUUUGAAGCCUAGGGAGUCACAAGGACAGAGAGGCCUAUCCCCAGGGCACAAUCUGGGGACUGCAUCCGCCAGCUGCCCUCCCUCUGCUCUCGUGUGGCCCCGAAAGGAGGAGAUAUUUUCCACUGCUUUUUCACCAGCGUUAAUUAUUUUUGCUGCCUUCACUCUCAGAAACCACCCUGCGUCUCUCCAUGGGACUCUUUGAGCGCAUGGCAACCACGGAAGAAGCAGGGGAAACCCAAAUGGUCUUGUAAAGGGACUCCUUCCUAAUUGGGAAGGAGAAAUCCCCUCCAAAUGAACAGACACCAUGAAGGGUAUUUCCCCCCCGUCCAGGAGAAGCAAAAAGCAUAUGUACGACCUGCAGUGCUAGUGGUAUCUCCCCACCCUCCAUGUGGUUCACUUGCUGACCCAUAGUAUGAUCUUUGCUGCUGGUGCUUUUGAGUGUGUUGCCUCGCCUGGUGGUGGUGGCAGUGGUGUGGGGAUUAGCUUUGGGGGGGGGACACAGCAGCCUUCAUUUUGCUCCUCUCAUCUCCCCUUUUCAUGUUCUGGAGCGUCAAGUCAGCCAUUGCAUCAGUCUGCCAUCCCGGCAAACACAACAGCAACAAUUUAAAAAAUGCCCAGCCAGGAUAAAGGGAUUACUGCUUCUGCCUAGAAUGGUACCCACAGAGUUCAGCAUGGACAAUGUUCACACACACACACACACACACACACACACACACACACACACUUUGACAUCCCAAAUGGGAGGCUGCUCCCAGGGAGUUUUGUAGGAUCAUGCACUAAAUCGCCUUUUAAGCUUAAUAGAAUUAUAUUUAGAGGGGUUUUUUCUAUUGCACUGACCUGCACAAGACUUCGUCUUAUAUUACAUUGACUUUUGUUCCAUUGCAUCUCCCCACCCCCACUCCAUAACAUCUCAGUCUCCACCCACGUAGCAUUCCAGAGUCUGGGUGUGUUUAUCGGUCCGGCCUCUCUCUUUUUUGAAUAAUCCUGUUGUGUGAUAUUGAGGGACACUUAAGACCAAAAGGCAACGAAAGAUUGAUUGGGGGCCGGAAGCAGCAUGCAGAUGUGGUGGAGUGGGGCAGGCAAAGAAGGUGGGGACCCCAUUUGGGAUCCUCCUGUGCCACCCGAAAGAGAAUCAGGGAACUCUUGAAAGGGCGUCUGUUUGACCAGUUGCAACAAAAACAGCAUAGAGACAGAAGCACAUUUGGAAUCUGGAGUUAAUGGUCUUAUUAGGGGAGGGGGAGCUUUUCAGAUUGCAAUUAUAUGUAUUAUUAUUUCACUUAAUUACCACAGCUCAUUCUGCUGUGUUGGGGGCCCUGGACUUAACCACGACGGACAGUCUUGUAGCAACUGCCAGGUAUGCUGUUGCACAUUGAUUUCUUGGACCUAGAGUCCAUGACAGCUUGUGCCAUUGUAAAUAAGGUGGUCUUUUAAGAUAGCAGGAGCAGGUUAUCGUUUUGCAAACUAGGUUAAUGCGUUUGCCUGAGUGCAGAAUCUUGGGGUGGAAUCUGAAAUCUGAGAGUACUCCACGUGCUUCUGCUGGGCAGAUAGCUGCUUUCUUGGCUCUGCUUCUUCCCCCGUGUUGAGUGGCACACCCUUCCCCUCUCCUUUCAGAAAAGAAUGAAAGCUGAAAAUUCAGGGACCUGAAAUACCACUGAGGGAUGUGUGAGUGUCCCCCACCAACAGCUCUGCAGCUAUCACCUUAUUAAAGGGUUAGGGUUAUCUCCAUAGACUGAUGAACAGUGAGCAAGGGGUUGGGCUGAGCUGAGAGCCUGAGUGGAAAAGCCGCCUCCCUGGGGUCCGAAGACAUGCCUUUGUAAAGAAUUGUUGAACUAUGUGAUAUUGCAAAACACCCAGAUCCUGCCAAGCCAUGGCCUUGGGAAUCAUUUUCAUGGCCAAGGCUUAGCUUCUGCUGCGCGUGAAGUGAGGAUAAAGAAUCAAGGGCUGCCGAGCAUGUACAGAGUGCUUUUUGUAAGAGCUUGGUCUUUUAGCGUGGCAGCACCUGCACUUCGGAACUCACUGCCUAAUCUGUCCUUAGUCUAUUGUUCUUUUUGUUUUUCAAAAGUCUUAAAUUAUUGCUGAUUCUUCUUAUUGAUAAUUUUACUCUUUUAUCAUUUUUAUAAACCCCCUUUGAUAGUUCCCCCACCCCCCAGUCAAGCAAUGUUUGGCAGGGGGUUGGACUCGAUGGCCCUUGUGGUCUCUUCCAGCUCUAUGAUUCUAUGAUUCUAUGAAUGUAUAAAUAAGCCUGGCAAAUCUGGAACUAUACUUGAUAAUCUGAUCACGUUGAUAGACUUUACUUGGAUGUUGUUAUUUUAAGCCAUGUGUGCAGUUGCACUUCUUUUGCGUGACUGUUUCAUAAUUUUGUUUUUCAUCUUUUAAUUUUCAUCUGUUUUAAUGGCUCUCUCUGUUUUAUAUACAUUAUAAAAUGGGUGUGGGGGGAGUGUAUACAUUUUAAUAAAUAAACAAUUUCAAUGGGUUUUUUUGUGCCAGUCAGAUCCAUUCAUCUCCUCCCUUGCCACCCUUAAAAUCUAAGGCAUUGGGUAUUUGGGGCGAGCAGGUGCAUUUAUUUCGCACAUCUUCAGCCCCACCUUUCUUUGAAGUUGCUCAGGGUGGCAGCAUGCGAGGUUUCUCGCCUUGCCUUAUCCUCACACAACAACUCUGUGAGGUAGGUCAGGCUGAGUGUCAUAUGGUGAGCUUUGUAGGAUUUGAACCCAGUCCCGGCCUGACAUUCUAACCACUGGCCAUACCUCAGAGGUGCUAGGGCUCUGGGGUGCCUCCUUUGGGGAGCCCCUGGGUAUGAGGGCACGGCUGACUGCUUGAAGACCACCACUCUCAGAUUACCAAGUGUCUCCCUUGCCUCCUGGAAGGGCUGCCUCUGGGCUUUCCCCACAGAAACGCGGCCCCUGUUUUGACGACUUCCUAUCUCGAGCCCAGUGAGAUAUUCUGCCGCAGAAUACCCUCUCCCGUGACAUUGUGGGAAUGUCGUGCUGUGUUUUGCAACCUCCCCUUUUCCAGUAAUAACCCCGGCGAUCCCAAGAAAGCCUGACCGGCUCAUAGCUCUGCAGGCCAAGCAGUUGGUUCUAAAAAUACGGAGAAUUCAAGCACGUGGCCCCCCUCCGAAUAGAAGCAACUGGCGGGGCCCUCGUGGUUGGCAUAGCUCCCUUGCAAUGGCUGGUUUCUUCUUUCAAAGCUGGGGACAGGCAGGCAUGAUGAGCCAGGAUCCUGCCUCACUCAAUGGCCCUCCUUGCUGCCAAGGCCACAGAGCAGCUGGCACCGAACUCCACCGGGGGGGGGGCAGUAGAAGAGGGGAGGGCGGGGGCAUUCCUUGGGGCGUUAUGGGGUAGGACCCCUUGGCUUGCGUAGCCAGUAGUUAUGUUUGGUGAGAGUUUCAGACGUAAAACGUACGAGUCCAUCUAGAAGGACUAUUUCCUGUACUCCUGAAAAGGUGCGCAGUACGUUUUCAUCUGAAAAUGUGUGCGGUACUUUUUUUAAUCUGAAAACACGUGCCUUAAUAUUUGUAUCUGAAAACGUGUCUGUUGCAUUUUUAUCUUGUUCUCCACUCAAGUGCAACAUGUAGCCCUCUUAGGGAUGUGUGGGUUGUUGUUGUUUUUUUACAAUCAAGCGGUUAUAUAAAUGUUAUUACAUGAAAGUACCGUAAGUGUUUCAUCUCAAUUCGGUCACUCAAGUGAUCUCUCCCCUGCCUCCCGGCCAAAUUUUAUCUGCAGAACAACCCUGUGAGGUAGGUUAGGCUGAGAGAGAGCAAUUUUGCCCAGCGUCACCCAAUGAGCUUCAUGGCCCAGAUCUCUGUGAUCCGAAUCUUUUUUAACAUCCUACACCAUACUGAUUUUUAACAGUGUGCAUUAUCUAGAUACACCUACAAAGGAACUGGGACUGGAUGCAGCCAGCCAGCAGGUGUGUAAAGCUAGGAGUGGUUUGCAGUGAUGUGGCAGCAUAAGUUUCAAGACUGGGGCCUGGUGGACGGGGUGUGUGUGUGUGUGUGCCCUGGAUCAGUAGACACAGGAAACCCCCAAAUACCAGGUAAAACUCUCUGUGCAUCUAGCCCAUUUUUUUCUGCUCUGGGCUUGCUCUUGAGGGUGCUCUGGAAGCUGUUGCAAAAUGUGGCGACUUAACUGCUCACCGGGGCAGGAUAUCACCGAAACCUUACCCCACUGUUGGAAGAAUGGCACUGGCUCUCAAUUAGCAUCUAGGAUAAGUUCAAGGUGCUGGUAUAUGCAGCUUGGGACUACGACACCUACAAGAUCGUCUUACCUCUUAUAUAUCCAGUUGAUCACUGCUUUCUGCAGCUGAUGGCCUCCUGCUGUCUUAUCAGGAGAUCCGUUCCAUACUGUGUAGGAAUUGGGCCUUUCGUGUGGUGGCACCCUUGCCCUCGGGAAUCCCUUCCCCUGGAAUAUUAGACAUGUGCUGUCUCUGCUGUUUCUUGAUGCCGACCAAAGACUUUCCACUUCCGACAAGCCUUUUAACUGGAGAGCUUCGUCCCAGUCUGCACCUGCAUUCAGAUUUGUUUUUGAGAUGCUCAGGAAUACUUUGUCUGGGACUUCUCAUCAGAAAAAAAAGGCUUCUUUAUUGUUGCUGCAUACCUGAACGUUUGACCACACACAUCAAUAGCAGCGAUGGAACUUUUGCACACAGCGCGUGCUGGCCCACAAAGCUUCUGCAGAGCCAAAAAACCCCACGCAAGUAUAAAGUCACCCACACCCUGAGAUUUGCUCAGUAUUUCAUGAGCAUGCUGCGCGUUUGCUAGCAUCUUGUUCUAAUGUCUGUGAUUCUUGCAUUAGUUUGGCUGCUGUGUUCUAAUGAUUAUAAAUUAUUGCAGUUUAUUACAAACCAUGAAGCUAGUCAGUGUAUAAAUACCAUGCAGCUUGGAUUGCAUUAGAUAUCUGGAAAACCCAGACUGAUAGGAGGAAAUGAAAAGUGGCUUAGCUUCUGAGAGUCUUGUAAUAAUUUCUGAUAAUAUCUGAUGUGAAACAUUCCACGAGCCACCUUCUGAGCCGCAAGAAAUACCGUAUUUUUCGCUCUAUAAGACGCACCAGACCACAAGACGCACCUAGUUUUUGGAGGAGGAAAACAAGAAAAAAAAUAUUCUGAAUCUCAGAAGCCAGAACAGCAAGAAGGAUCGCUGCGCAGUGAAAGCAGCAAUCCCUCUUGCUGUUCUGGCUUCUGGGAUAGCUGUGCAGCCUGCAUUCGCUCCAUAAGACGCACACACAUUUCUCCUUACUUUUUAGGAGGGAAAAAGUGAGUCUUAUAGAGCAAAAAAUACAGUAUCUCCCAAUGUUGGGCGCAGUGGGUUUAUUUUAAAAAAGAAGGUGUUCGUUAUGCCUGUUAGCUGAAACUAACACUCUAGGCAUUGCUAUAUUACAAUUGUAUUUGUUUAUUGAUAAAAAAUACUUGCAUACCACUGUAUUAUAAAAUAUAUCCAGUGGUUUACAACACUAAAAAACAAGAAACCAUACAGCAGAAUUAUUAAAAAGUUUUUUUAAUUGGAAAAAACACACGUUAAUUCAUCACUAGGAAUCUUGGCCAUGGUGGUUUGCUGAAGGAUGCUGUGAAUCCUCUACUGAAAUCCCUUACCCACUUUACAGAACUACAGUUCCCAGGAUUCUGUAGGGAAAAGGAGGAGCUCUUAGAGCAGACAGUUGUGGGCAUUGUACCCAAAGAUGCCACCUGAAAUUUGUGAAGCCGUUUUGCUGAUGUUCUUUGGGCAGCGAAAACCACUGCCGUGUUUGGGGGAAGGCAGUCUACUUUGACCAGGACUGCUGGGUCAUCUUCUUACUUCUUACUUUAUUUUGCUGCUGUCUGUGGUGAUGACUUCUGGCCAUUGUUUUCAUGACCUCAGAAUGCCACACGCAUAGCAUUUUUUCUGAAAAGUGGUGGGUGCAAAAAACAUGGUGCCUUCUGCUCCAGAUUUCAUCCUCCACUCAUUUGGGAGCAAGAUUUCUUCCCCACCCCCACGAGGAACAGCAACAUUUUAAAUUUCGACUAUCCUCAUUCCUGCCUAGUAGAGGCCGUGUGCCAGGCUUGCAGACUGCCUGUUUCAGUUGAAAUUUAUUCUGCUUGUCAGAAAUCUAUCCGAUGGAUACUUUCCCCAAGCACUGCUGGGUGGAAUCUAAACACAUAUAACAAAACAUUGUGAAAAUGCUUUUUAAAAAAAGUUUUGAAAAAAUACAUUGAAUUUUCAUAGCUCCCUGUCGCCAUCUAGUGCCACAUUUGCAUAUUGCACUUUACAACGCACUUAAAAUGUUUUAUUUGCAGCUGUAUACCUGAGUCCCUGGUCACUUGUUUGAGCAACAUAAAUUAUGAGACCAAAAACACCAGAUGUGUGAAAUACACUAUUAUUUAUUUAUUGUGACUGUAGGUUGAUACUGAACUGUCUCGUUUUCUGUGUGAUACCAAAGUUUGUUGGCAGCCCUUGUUUUCCUUAAUGUAAUUCAAUGAUUGCUGCUUGUUUAAAAUUUUCUAUCUAUGCUUUGCAGGAAAAUAUAGAUUUAAAAAAAAUUAAAAGAAAAGAAUUAUAUGUGUGAGAGAAAAGAUAUUGGGAGCAAGACGCCCACAGCCCUCUGUGGGAGAGUUAAAACUGCAACAGACUCCGGACAUCCUUCACCUGUUCGUUAGUCACUUACUGAUUGGCUGAGGGUUGUAUCACUUGGCUUCGCAAGGUGUGGUUUGUUGACCAUGGGCCGUGCAUUUGGCAGGUGGGAGGCAAAACUUGAGUUUCUGCUGUUUAGAUUUUUAACAGAUAUAAAACUGGAAACACAGUAACUUUUGUUGGCCCAAAGAUCUGUUGCCACCCAGGAGGCAGGUAAUUUUGCUCCUACACCAAUAUAAAUUACCUGUUCUUCAAGGAGGAUGCCCUGUUGCAUCUCUGGACGAGUCCAGUCAGGACGCACACCCAGAAAGAGUGACUUAUGCAGCAACGAGGUUUGAGGGGCUCCUCUCGCUGUGAGGCUAAUCCUUGUGCAGCCUUCCUAAACAGGUCUUUUUGGGGGUGCAAGUUGUGCUAUCGGAAAUCCAGAAAGGGAUUCUUUUACUGGGUCAAAAGGCAGCGAGUUGUAGUGGUUCAGAAUGCUGGACCAGGACUUGGAGAGACCCAGAUCUGAAUCUUCAUUCAGCCAGAAAGCUAACUUGGUGCAGAUUUUUGUGAGGAUAACGCAGAGGGCUUGGUACUCCUUGCACUUCACAAAGUGGAAUAUGCAUGUAAGGUAAAGGGGACCCCUGACCAUUCGGUCCAGUCGUGACCGACUCUGGGGUUGCGGCACUCAUCUUGCUUUACUGGCCAAGGGAGCUGGCGUACAGCUUCCGGGUCAUGUGGCCAGCAUGACUAAGCCGCUUCUGGUGAAACAGAGCAGCGCAUGGAAACGCCGUUUACCUUCCCACCGGAGCAGUACCUAUUUAUCUACUUGCACUUUGACGUGCUUUCAAACUGCUAGGUUGGCAGGAGCAGGGACUGAGCAACGGGAGCUCACCCCGUCGCGGGCAUUCGAACUGCCGACCUUCUGAUCGGCAAUCCUAGGCUCUGUGGUUUAACCCACAGCGCCAACAGCGUGCCUGGAAUAUGCAUGUAGAAGCUUUAAAAAACGAGUUCCAUUUUCAGUCGUUGGUUCUCUUAACUCCAGGCCUGCGCGUCGCUAAAAUGUCUGGGCUGGCUUGGCUGCAAGACUCCACAAAGGUUGCCGAAGCCUCUCCCUUUGCUCUGAUCCAGCCUGUUUGUGUGCAUGAGUGUGCUGUGAGUCAUCUCUGUGAGGCAAUCACACCCAGCCUGCAGGCUUAUGUCCAGAGGAACAAAGCUGGGUGUGGUCCUUUUGUCUCCGCUUUCCCCAAGAGAUCAGUAACUGAACAAUCUUGGCUCAGGGGGUCCUGCAUCUACGCCCCCCCCCAAAAAACAGGGUGAAUGUCAGUUGCAGGAUGAUGUGUGCCACUGGGUGAAAAGUGGCGGGGCGAAACCACUUUUGCAGCUGUGCCGCAAAGUCCUUGCCUGUGGAAAAGCAGACGUACCUGCUUGCCUGCAUUUGAUAGGAGCGUAGAAAGCUGUCAGGCUCUCCAGCUCAGCAUUUUCUUCCCUGGGGGCUGCAGGUCUCCAGGGUUUCUGGGUAGGGCCUGGAAAUGUGCUCCUUCUGCAGCCAAAGCAGAUCCUCUCCGCUGAGAUGUUUCCUGCUCCUGAGAAGGAUGCUGUGCUUGAUGCUAAGGACUAACGGGAAAAGAUCUUGGCAGCUGUAAUGUGAGGAUGGGGCAGGGAAAGUUAUCAGAAGGUCUGUGCCAGAGGGUGACCUUGCCAGGGGAUUUCUGGUGUCUGUGCCGUAGAAGGCAGUGCAAAAUAGCAGAGAAAGCUAAACUACAGCUUGUGUUUUUGGAGGCCCCACCGCUGAGGAGCAGAGCAGAAGGUUGCAGCAUCUGCCCCCGUUUGGGAAAGGGAUAGAGCUCACAUCUGCCUUGCAUGCAGAAAGUCCCGGGUUCAGGUCCCGGUAUCUCCAGAUAGGCUUGGAGAGACUUUUGCCUGAAACUCUGGAGAGCCACUGCUUCCAAUUGGCAUACUGAGCCUAGAUAGUCCAAUGGACUGGUUCAGUCAAAAAAGACAGCUUGCUGCUCCUCUGCUCCACAUCCAUCUAUCAUUACAGUGGUACCUCAGGUUAAGUACUUAAUUCGUUCCGGAGGUCCGUUCUUAACCUGAAACUGUUUUUAACCUGAAGCACCACUUUAGCUAAUGGGGCCUCCUGCUGCUGCUGUGCCGCUGGAGCACGAUUUCUGUUCUCAUCCUGAAGCAAAGUUCUUAACCUGAAGCACUAUUUCUGGCUUAGUGGAGUGUGUAACCUGAAGCGUAUGUAACCUGAAGGGUAUGUAACCUGAGGUACUACUGUACUGUUGUUUCUUCUUCCCCUCCCUCUGGCGUCUUCUUCAUUCUCUUUCUCUCUCUUUACUGAAAAGCAACAAAGAGUCCUGCCACACCUUUAAAGUCCAGCAGAUUUUAUUGUGACAGAAGCCUUUGUAGAUUAAAGCCACGAUCAUCGGAGCCAUAGAGCUUUGCACUUCAUAAUGGAAAAAUCUGGGCUCGGUUUAUUGUAGCUUCUUGCAUAUGAAAGUUUGUGCCACAAUAAAUCUAGACGCGCGUACACACACACACACACACACACACACUUUUUUUUUUUUAGAAGGAAGCAGAAAGAGUCUGGGACAGAGGCUUUUUAGGAAUGUAGGGAGAGCUGAGAUUCCCACACAGGGAAACAGGAUCCCAAGCUCGCUGGUACUAAACGAGUGUUAAGCAGAUUCCAGCGUCCCAUCGGGGUUGCACAUGCAUAAUAAAAGUUGAGAUAAAUUUACUCCAUAAUAGGGAACUUGUACUGUUUCAAGUUCUGCCCCUCCCAGAAAAGGAAGUUUGCUUCCCCCCUCCAGUUAAAUGUACUUAAAAAGUUUUUCCUGCACCCAAAGGUGAAAGGCUUCCUUUUUUCCAUUUACCCUUCCUAAUUCGCAACAACAUAAUUAAAAAUAAUAGUAAAAAGCACCCUAGUUUUGCCAGAAAUAUCUAAAUGCUUACUGAUGCCACGUGUCACUUUGCAAACUUCCCUGUAGGUGGUCCUUUUGAUUGUGCAUCAUGCAUUGCCUGGCAUGCAUGGAGUAAAUUCCCUGAGAAUCUGUUUUCAUUGCAAAGGAAAUUUCUAGACCUCAUGAUUGUGGAGAUAUGUUUGAAAGCAUGCAGAUAGAAGCAGUGUCUGCUGCAGAGAGGUUGUGAUUCAUGGAGGAGAUGCUAGUUACGAACCAUGAGAUUUAAUUCAGAGGAAGUCUGCUUCUGAAUACUAGAUGUUGGGAGACCUAUAAAUAGAGAGCUCUGUUGCCUUCAUACCCAAUCCAGCAGAGGUAUCCGACCAACCACGUCUGGCAGCAGGAGGCCAGACCUAGCAGUUCCCUUUUUAUGAAAUGUAAAUUUCAAUAUAUUUUAAAUAAAUUGGGAAUUUUCAACCAAAGAAUUUGCUAGCCGGCUCAAUUUCAAAAAACUCAACCACCCCUGGAUUCAACACGGCCUCUGGGUUCACUAACCCUUCUUUAGGGAACAUCUUCCUGACUGCCUACUUCACAAAGCUAUCUCUGCCCCUAGGGAUAAUGUGAUCCUUUGCUCCCAGCCAGAUUGCCAGUUCCCCUACCCCCCACAAAAGCAGAAUUGCAGGCAUUCCAACACCUAUGUUCUCUAAGCAGUUGGAAUGUCAGUGAACAUUCUGUGCCAUCUCGGUAGCCCAGUGGCGUCACUGCCACAAAAGGUGAACACAGAUAGCCUUAGCUGAGUCACAGAAAUGCAGGAAUGGUUGAUUGCAAAAUAUUUCUGCAACCUUUGCCCUGGGGUCAUCUUGGGGAUAGAUUAGCCAGCUGCUAUUUUCCAGGGUGGGAAUUAGCUGGAAAUGAUGAAUCUGGUUAAAUCUGGGGAGGGAGGCUUUUCACGAGGCGAGCGAGCAAGAGAUACAUUUCAAAAAGGAAACACUUUCUAUUAAAACCAGUGAGCUUUUCUUGUCUAAACAAGCCUCUUAAAUUAAUUGUGUUUGCAAGCGGGAACCACAAGGAACUGGCAGUAGGGGAAUACAAACGCUUUCUCAACUGCCAGCAUUACCUUUUGUGGUUUGCUGGGCGAGGCAGUGUGUGUGUGUGUGUGUGUGUGUGUGUGUGUGUGUGUAAGAUAGUGGUUAUGAGAGGCGAGAAUUCAUUGCAGGUGAUGGGAAAGCCGAACAACCAGUGUGUUCUCUCCCUGGGAUUUUAGGUCCUUGCUUUUGCAAAGAAGGUACCGUUUAGUGUGCAUCUGGCUCCUCACCCUAGGAAGCCCCAAGGACAGCUGCUACAGCAGCUGUUUCCCCUGUGAGGGAAUCAUGCUGGAAGCAUGGUAUUUUCCCUCUAUAUUAUUGUGAUAUCUGCACCAGAGCAGCCAAAACACCUGAACAAAGCUUCAGCAGUCCUCCCCCCCCAUCCCCCAAGCUAAGAGUAAACAGCACUUGAAACUCAUCCAGGCACCUCAAAAGAGUCUGGAAUCUUUGAUAAAAGCAUCGGUUCUUCACCUAUCUGUUAGGUGGGAUCGUUUUAAAUAAUCCCACCUAAAAAUUGUCAAGGUCUAAGAUGGCACCCAGAGAACUCAUUUCAUAAGUUAACGAACGCAGAUAUAAAUAAAAGAAGGAACAAGAUGUUGUGGAACCACUAUUGAUACAGAGAAUCUGAUGCCCAGAUGUAGCUGAGGAACCAAGGUUAAUAGCUCACUCACUGGUUUACUGAGAAGACGACCUCACUGAAAUUGAAAGGAUUUACACUGUAGCAAGAGUGCGUGCAAACAUGUGUUAAUUUGAGCAGGUGAGCACCUCUAGAAGUGUGCUCACCUCAUUGUGGACAGGGUUAAAUUGCAAGCUUACGGAUCCUGACACUGGGGGGAAGCAUUUGUUAAAUAAUCUCUGCCCUGCCUUUCAGGGAAAGUGCAAAGGCAGUCUUAGAAACAUAUGCAGCCAACAGUUUAAAAUCUGUUUCAUGCCCUUUUAAAAACAAGCAGCAAAACAUGGUUAAAACACAGCAGUUAAUAAAAAAGCAGAGGGAAAUCUUUCUCAAGAACUCUUUUAAAACUCUCCAGUGAAGGUGCGCUAUGAACCUCAUGAGGAAGCGUAUUCCAGAAAUAUGAGGCUGUCACUGACGGGGCCCAGUCAGCCUGACCUCUCUUAUCUUUGGGGCCUCCAAAGACGGUCUUAGACUUUGGGCAGGGACAUAUCACGUGUGCAGGCUGUCCUUUGGAUAACCUGCUCCCAAAACUGUUUAGGGCUUGAAAAACCAAAGGCAGAAGUGUGCUUGUGGGAUGAUAUUUCCAUCCCUGACAUGUGGGGUGGGGAUUUUUGGCAAGUCUGCUUUCCUUGGUCUGCAGCUGGAAGGUUUUCUAGAAAAACAGCACUUCUGGGGUCAUCGUAAUUAUUUGGGAAUUUCCGGAUCUGAAAGGGCGCACCAGCAAAGUGCAUUCCUGAAGACAUGACCAUCCCCUAGUGCCUUUAGAGAUGGAGGUGAAAUAUCUUAAGUAGCAGCUCCGCCCCACCUCUGGCUGGCUUCUGUAGUCUGGAAUCCUGCGGCGUUUCCUCCUCCAUCUUGCCUGACUUCAGAGGUUGCACUCGCUGAAGAUCAGCCUUCAACAACCUGAUGCCCUUCAGAUUUUUUGGGCCAUGCUGGCUGGGACUAUGGGAAGCUGCAGUCCCAAAAAUCUGGAGGGCAACAUUGACUGCUGGAGAUCAUCACUGCAUUGAAUGGAUAAAUACAUAAAGACAUCCUAUCUUAUCUAUCAGUGGUGUUGCAAAAGCAUGGCAAAGAAGACAUUAACGGCUAUGAAAUAGCAUAGAUUCUGGGAUGGCCUAAAUUGUGAUGCAGGUUACCAUGACCCAUUGUCCAUAAUUUGAUACCCGCCCCGGUUGAUUGCCUUAAAAAUAAUAAUGUUGUAAUGGGAUAUGGAUUUUUUAAACUUUGCCUUAUGGAGGAACCCAACCCAUAAAAGGCAAAGAGGAAAGAGCCGUGUGUACUUAGGAAACCAAGCAAGCUUGGUACUUGACCAACCACAGACAGCCCAUUUCCACAACUUGAUUGCAGUGUCUCUGCUUUUACAGAAUUCCCUAUGUUUUGUGGGAGGAAGGGAUGGUGUACAAUAAAGACCAAACAUAGGCUGGUGGGGGAGGGGGACAUUAAGGGCAGAGCAUAGACAGUGUCUGCUGGGUGUCUGUUGAGUUCUUCUAACCUUCUGGCUUCAGAGACAUUUCCAGACAUUGCAAACAGAUUCCCUCUUUUAGUUAUUGACUGAUUGCAUUCACAUCCUAGCUUUUCCUCCAAGGAGCUCAUGGGGGCAUAGAUGUUUCUGUCCCUCCCCAACUUAUCUCCAUAACAAUCCUGUGAUCUUCAUGGCUGGGGGGGUGGGGAUUUGAACCCUGGUCUCCCAAUACACCACACUUGUUCCAGCAGCUUUCUUCAGCCUGUGUGUGGACACACUUGGCCAGUGAUGGUUGUUGUGAGAAGUUGUUUUCCUCUCUGUAACUGGGGGCUGGUGGAGUCUACAAGACCACAGAGAUUAAGGAAACAAGCCUGGAUAUGUCGUUUGCCGUCUUGUGAGGGGUGGGUGAGUGCUGGUAUCCUGUUCCCACUUCAAAUGCUGGCUUGUGAAGACUCUCCAGUUGGGGCCAGGAGCUGAUGUCAGUGGGAGCCUCUUCUGCAGCCUCCCCUCCUCCUGUCUGGGCUGAUCAGGUUUCAUGCAUGACCUGAGCAUGCAUGUCUGUAGCUGUUUGGAAGUGGAAAACUUUCCCCUCUUGUUGCUUCGCUGAAAGUUGGCACGGUCUCGGUGUGGAAGGUGGGGCGUUUGAGCUGGGAUUGGGUAUGGGAGCCAGAGCGUUGCAAAGCAUCGAUCGUGAAGGCAUGGCCGCCCCCUGGCUGCACCCUUUAAAAACACUUAUGCAACAUGUCCAGUUGUGCUCUGUCCUUUCUUCUCCUUCUCCUUCAUAACAAGUCCUUUCCACUCCGCUGAUAAAUGGUAUUGCAUCUUUUAAAUGAAGGCCCAAUUCCACCAAGGGGAAGUCUACCUGCGCAAGGAGGGACUGUAGCUCAUGCUUUUCAUGGACAAAGUCCCAAGUUCAAAUCCCCGGUGGUGCGAAGGACUCGUCUCUGCCUGAGAUCUCUCUUUCAGAGUGGCUGCCAGUCAGAGCUGGGCCAGAUGGACAAAGAAACAGACUUGGAAUAAGGCAGCCUCCUAUGCUUCAAGGGAGAGUCUGCAGCAUGAGAGCUCAGCAUGCAGAAGGCCCCAGUGUCAGCACCCCCACCAAAAGGAUUUCAGGUAGCUGGUGAGGGGCAAGACUUUUCCCUUCCUGAAACCCUACAGGCUCAUUCUAUAAGGCAGCAGCUUUUAUUAAUGAACCAUUAAGAAAAGAGAUUGUACUAGAGUAAGCAAAUUGCAACAAAUGAAGGACAAAAACAAAAUACGUUUUAGGAUUUUGAUAGCGUGCAGAAAUCAGGGCUACGAAAAAACCUCAACAAACCCUUUAUCUGAUCUGGGAGCUUCUGGCACUCAGAGCUAGACUGUUCCUGAAUGUGGAAGCCCCACUUUGAUUUACUGCCCUCUCAGGCAGAGGAGAAUGUUUCCACCAUCUGCCACCUGGUCCUUUUGAGGAAGGAUUGAACCCGGGACCUUCUGCAGGCAAGCCAUGUUCUCUGCUGCUGAGCUACACCUGCCUGCCUAUUAACUCCUUGGCUUCUACAGGUUUUGAUGUUUCCCACUGCUUCCUUGCGUUGCAAUGCCACUUGUGCCCUGGAAGGUUCCUCCUUUUAGAGUCCAGGGGUAGGGAGAACACAGGCUUCGCAUUCCUGCCAGCAUAUGUACCAUGCCUUGCAUGCUCAGGCUGUGGGAGGGGCUGUGUCUGGCAUGUAGCAUGCUCAGCCGGGGCAGAAGUGUGCACAGGCUCACGAGGAAGAAGAGGAAGGGAAGCGGGUAAGGGAAGGGAGCAGUUGCCUUUUAUGCGUGCUUAAGCGAUGUGGUAUUUCUGGCUCUGAAACAGGUCAGUGUUCUUGUGCCCCAUCUCAGAGCAUGGCGACUGUGCUCUGCCUCCACCAAUGCUUCUGAAUGCCACCUGCUGAAACUGCAGGAGGAAAGAGUGCCAUUGGCUCUUCUUACGUUCUUAUAGUCAGCACCAGCCCUGCCAUGCCCCAGGGUGAAUCAAGGUGCCUCAGGCGGCAACACAAAGGGAGGCUGGGAAAUAGAUGAAAAGCAGGAAUUAGUGUCUAAGGGUUGCAGCAAGACUUCUAAAACGGGGUGAGGGUGUGGGUGUGUGACGCCAUUUGUAAACUACUUGAGACAGUGAAAUGUCUUGGUUCUGGUUAUUGGAAAGGAAUGAGUAAAGGGCAGCAAAUGGAUCAAGGAGCUGGAUUUUUAGUUCGGGGGGGGAAUGACUUGAGUGUUUGUGGGAAAAUAUAGAGAUAACAUCGAAUGAUGCAGAGGGAGUACAUAAAAAUAUCCCCCCUCCGCCGAUUAUAUAAUCAUCUUAAUAAUUAUUUUGCGUUGCUUUUAUGGCACUUUAUGUUUUAGCGUACUCACAUAUUCUGUUGUAAGCCGCCUUGAUAAUUUUAUGCAUGCCCUUAUUGAGCUGGUUUUGAGGUUUCGUCCUGCUUGGGGGGUUCCAUCCCUAAAGAAUUCUGCAGGUUUCCCCCGAGCCUGCUGGGGUGAUGCUCUUUUGCCUACAUACGCCUGAACAUCACAGACAGAGGGAGUGAUACAUAAAUGGAUCCUCCAUCUUUAGAGGCAGUAAUUCUGAAUGCCAGGUGGCGGGGACUCCUAGACACCUUCCCCACAGGCACCCAGAUGGCCACUUUCUGGACAGAUUACUGAACCAGCCAGAUUGAGCAAGGCAGUUCUUAAGUGGGUAUAGACAUCAGCUGCGCCAAAUACUCUCCGUAUACCCUUCCUAGUAUGUUUUAUUUGGCAAUUAAAGGGACAUCUUUUUGUGAUGGGCGGCAGUUGGUGUAGAAAUAUGUACACCACAGAGAACAAUUUUGCCGAGUGGAACGCGAAAGCAGCAUUCCUCGUUAGCUUUUGAAAAUAGUUCUGAUUCUUCCUCUCAACAAACCUACUUUCACCAUCCUAUAAACUUCGAAAGGCAUUGCUGACAUUCUUUGGAACCUGCUUUUGCAAACAGAGCAGGGGUGAGGGAACCUGCGGCUUUGCAGAUGCCUCGUGACUCCAGUUUGCACCAGCCACAAGGGAUGGCAGUGAUGCUGGGAAGUGUGGUCUCAUAAUGUCUAGGAGGGUCACAGGUUCCCCAUCCCUGAAAUGGGGACUUCCUUAAACGUGUGUCGGGGGGUAGCUCAUAUUUUCAGGGACCCCAGUUCUUCUCCCAACAGAAUUCAGAUUCCCCAUCCCCUGCGCUCGAUGAGGAUUCAUCAGAUGCAAACAUGACGCCUGGACGUGGCAAGUUCUCUUUCACCAACAAGGCUUUGUUUUGUUUUCUCUUCUAGGUUGGGAAGUUGGAAGAAACAUUACCAAAGGAUUGGCAAGUGACGAGAAGGGAAUUCCUGGGGCGGUUCCGGCCUGGACCAAAGUCCUAGAAAGGUGAUUCAGUCUAUUCUUUAUUAGUAAAGCAGUGGUACUACUGUGCCGUAUUUAUCCAGAUCUCCUAGUCCUGGAGAGAAGCUAUGUACAGCACAGGGUAGAGCACUGGAUUUGGAACACAGCAAUUCAGCCCAGCAACUUGGUGGGUCACCUUGGGGCAAACGGCCAUUGACGUAACCAACCUCACCAGGCUAUUGUGUGGAUAAUGGCAUCUCAACUAAACAUUUGGUGGCACCAGUGCUUCUGAAUACCAGUUGCUGGAAACCACAGGAGGGGAGAGGACUCUUGUGCUCGAAUCCUGCUGACAGGUUUCCCACAAGCCUCUGGUUGGUCACUGUGAGAACAGGAUUGUGGGCUUGAUGGACCACCUUUGGCCUGAUCCUGCAGGAUCAUAUUAUGUCCUUAUAUAACUGCCCUGAGAUUGUUGGAGCAAGAUUGGGAUGAAAAUAUAAUAGAGCAAAAUGCAUUUUCUGAAAUAGACUAAGCCUGUAGCAUACUUUUGAGGUGCAGAAUUUGAGAAGGAGUUCUCCUUUUUAUGCGCAGCCUCUUGAGUUCCUAUUUACACACUUCCUUCCUUCCUUAAGAUGGAGAAGGAGGAAGAAGAGACCCGGGAGAUUCUGCUCCCCGACUGGGAAGGCAUUGGCUCUCGCGGACUUACCAUCGACCAGACGAACGAAGGCGUUUUCGUGAAACAGGUUCAACAGGACUCACCCGCUGCCAAAGCAGGCAUUGUGAAAGAAGGUCAGUGAGGUGGUUUGUGGGGGGUGGUCUGGGUGGGGGCAGAGUGGCUGGACAUCAUCAACUUUUAAAGCCACCAGAGGGCAUCCUCUUUAUGGUCACAAAGAGUCCCCCAUGACAUCUUGGAAGAGUCACGUGCUCAAUAUCCACACCAUACUUUUAAAGCACUGCAAUACUACUUUAAACAGUCACGGCUUCCUGCAGAGAAUCCUGGGGGCUGCAGUCUGUUAAUGGUGCUGAAGGGUGUUUAGAGACCCCUAUUCCCCCACCCCAGAGCUACAGUUCCCAGAGUGGUUUAGCAGUCUAUCCCUCUUCUCAGAAACCUUUGGGAGUUGUAGCUCUGUGAAGGGAAUGGGGUCACCCAACAACUCUUGGCACCCUUAACAUAUUGAAGUUCCCAAGAUUCCUUGACUGUUCUAAAGCGGUAUGAUGCUGCUUUAAAAGUGUCGUGCAGAUGGGACCUGUGACAAAGGACUGGCCUAAUGUGCUAUUUUUGGAGAGUGUGAUAGAAAUGGGGGGAAAAUAAAUUAAAAACAGAAGGGUAAGGAUUGCAGAACUUUGCUCAGCCCACGUCGGCAAGCUAUCCCUUCAGGACAUUUUGCACUCAGCUGGGCUCUCUUAAUACCAGAUGUGUUAGGUUUAGGAGAGGCAAAAAUAAUAAUUAAAAAGAAUGAAGCAGCUCUACACACAGCACAUCAUGGACUAGUUCAAUUAUCUUCUUAAAAUGGGCUGGCUUUUCGAUAAGUUCAUGGAGGACAAUAGGUUUAUCAACUGCUGCUAGCCAUGACAGCUAACUGGAGCCUCCAAGUUUAGGGGCAGUCUGUCUCUGAAUACCAGCUGCUGGGGAGCAAACAAGUGCUCCUGCCCUAUGGUGCGGGUUUCUCAGAGGCCUCUGGUUGGCCAGUGUGGAUGCAGGGCUUUUUCUUAAUGUUCUUAAUCCCACCCCCACCCCCCUCAGGGGAUCAGAUCGUGAGUGCCACAAUCUACUUCGACAACCUGCAGUCCGGGGAAGUCACAGAGCUCCUGAAGAACGUGGGCCACCACACUGUUGGCCUUCGGCUGCAGAGGAAAGGCGACCGGUCUCCAUUGCCAGGACAGUCCUGGUCCCAUGACGUCUUUGCCUCAAGGAGUCCAGAGGUUGUUUUGGUGAGUGAGCAUUGUCAUGGAGAGGACCCCCUUCUGUAGAUGAUGGAGGAAGGAUCUAAGGGUGGGCUGGGGUAACUUGAGACCUGGCUCUUUCCAUACACCUGUGGCGCCUUGGAUAUUCCAGGACACCAGAGGAAGACUUUUAUCAAAUUUACAAAUGCAAUCAGUUAAGGAGUUGAGGGCAGGUACCAAAAGGUGAGUUCAGGGACAGGUAACUUGUUGGACCCUCAACAGUUCCAGCCAGUAUAAUCAGGGAUGAUGGGAGUUGUAGUUCAACUGCACCCGGAGGGCCACUGGUUGUUUACUUUAAAGUUAUGUUUUUUAUUAUGACUUUUUUUUGGUAUUGGAUCAGAUUGUUAGUAGGUGUGUGAUCUUUGCUGUCUAUUUUGUCGUUUCUUCAGCUUAUAAACCGCCUUGUGUAUGGUAAUAUAAAAAAAGCAGUAUAAAAGAUGCAAUAAGAGAUAAACCUAAAAAAUUGGUGAAAGAAGAAUGGGAAUGUUUAAAUAAUUAUUUAGGGGACAAGAGCUCAGCAAGAAAGAUCUGGCUAUGUUUAGAAUGAUGCCGCAUAGAGAAAUGUUUCCUGAUACCAAGAUGAGGGAUUCCUUUGGAAUGCAGAUAGAGAUAUUUGAUAAGAAUAAUGAUCUGUUGUGAACUUGACGGAAGUGUACAAUAGAUGAGCCUUCCUGCUUUGGCUCAUCUUCCUUUUUAUUUUUUUUCCUAUUUUUCUUUUUUCUUUUCUUUUAUCUUUUCCAUAGUUGCUUAUGUUCUGUGUUAUGUACUUUGAUAUUUUUUGUAGUUUUUAAAGUUUUUUUUCCAUUACUAUUAAGGAAUUUUCCUUUGUAAUUUUGGUUGUCUAUAUAUAUAUGUACCUGUUUAAAGCAAAAUAAAAGUUAAAAAAAAAGCAGUUUAAAAAUUAAAAGUGAAAUGAAUAUCCUCGCACUAGUUAUUUGAAGCGGAACAAAUUCUUUCAGAGUUGAUCGUCCCACGUCUGGGCUGUUUCACUUCAAGUUUUGUGGGUGAGGCCUUAUGUUACUGGUUGGCACUACAAAAUUCUCUGCAUGUGGAAAGCAAAUUAUCAAGGAGAAAGGCAAGACUACAGUGUUGUUGAUUUUGCUGAUAUCUUGCUUUCUAUGUGCAGGAAUUUUAGUUUUUUAUUUGGAAAAAAAGCCCUGCAGAGAACUAAGGCCUCUUCAACUGUCUACAAGCGACAUCCACUUUCUGUAUGUGCAUCAAUCCAUACUACACUUGUAGAUUUAGAUGUGAUAGACUAAUAGGUGUAGAUAUCAGUAUUUUAUGUUUAGACUACUGUUGGCAGUAACAACUCAUUCCUCUCUGUUCCAGAGCGGAGAUGACGAAGAGUACAAACGGAUUUAUACCACAAAAAUCAAGCCUCGCCUUAAAUCGGAAGAUGGCAUGGAAGUUGAGCACACAGGAACCCAAAGCAGAACCAUCACAGUCACCAAGAGAGUUACUGCUUACACUGUCGACGUCACAGGUCAUGAGGGAGCCAAAGAGAUUGACAUCAGCAGCCCGGAGUUUAAAAUUAAGAUUCCGAAACAUGAACUCACCCACAUUUCCAAAGCCGAGAUUGAAACAGAACCUGGGAAAACUGUCAUCAAGAUCCCACACGUUGACUUGUCAGGGAGAACAACCACCCAGAUAACAGACUCCCACGCAGGAGUGAGAGGAAGACCUGACGUUACGUAUACCGGACCAACUAUUGAGUCACCCUCUCAGAGGUUGGAGUUUGGUGUUCCUGGCAUCCACAUGGAACAGCCUAAGGUUGGGAAAACUGAUAUUCGAAUAUUUGGGCCUCAUGUCACAGGUGUAGAUCUGAGAACCCAGACUGACUUUAUACCAGGAGGCCAGGAAGCUGGUUUCCAUGUUACAACACCAGAAGUGAAUGGGAAAGGAGGUCGGGGUAAAAUCCAAGGUGAUGUGGGAGGGCUGCAAGCUGAUUUAUCAUUGCCCCACCUCAAGGGGCCUUCAGUUGGUAUUUCGGGACCCCAAAUUCAAGGUGAUCUGAAAGGUCCAAAAGUGGACAUCUCCAGUACCAGCGUCGAAGGCAACAUCAAAUCUCCAGAUAUCAACACUGGAAGCACAGGAAAGGUGGCGUUUCCUGCAAUGAAAAUGCCCAAAUUUGGUAUAUCAGUUUCUGAUGUUGAGGUUCCUCAGCUUGAUGCAGUGGCUCCAUCGGCUUCAAUAAAAGGCCCAGAAGUGUCCUUGAAAGGCUCCAAAUGGGCCAUGGGAGAACCUGGAAUCCCACAACCACAGAUGGACGUGGGCCUGAAAGGUGUGGACUUGAAGGGUGGCCUAAAGACCACCUCUCCAACAUUGGAAGGCCCCAAGGUGGAUAUCAAAGGGCCUGCGGUGGAUCUUGGGGCUCCAGAUGUCGGUCUUGAAGGGGGCGGAGGAAAACUUAAAAUACCCCACAUGAAACUUCCUAAAUUUUCUGCACCAGACCCUGCAGUGACUGUGACUGUUCCAAAAGGGGGACUUAACAUCUCAGGACCUAAAGUGGAUUUGCAAGCUCCUGACGUGACCCUUGAAACCCAUGUGAAAGGACCCAGAUUUGGUAAGCCUGAAAUAGCUGGUCAGACACCCCAAAUUUCUAUGUCAGAUGUUGACUUGAAUCUCAGGGGCCCUAAAGGGAAAGGCGCCAUGGACAUUUCAGGGCCAAGGGUGGAAGGCCACUUAAAAGGGCCUGGAAUGAAUAUUAAGGGUCCCAAACUAGAUAUUGAAACUGCCAACGUUGACCUGAAAGGUCCAAAAGUCUCAAUGCCGUCCAUGCAAACAUCACCAGUAAAAGUCACUGUGCCAGAUGUGGACUUGAAUGUCCAAGGGCCAAACCUAAAGGGCGAUGUGGCUGUUUCUGUGCCAAAGAUAGAAGGCGGCCUCAAGGGGCCCCAGAUGGAUCUAAAAGGCCCCAAAGUGGACAUAGCUGCACCUGACAUUGGUAUCAAAGGCCCUGGAGGACAACUGAAGGGUCCUCAUGUCAAGAUGCCUGAAAUGCAUGUUAAGGCUCCUCAAAUUUCCAUCCCAGACAUUGACCUGAAUGUGAAAGGCCCCAAAGUCAAGGGGGGUGUCGACGUUUCAAUCCCAAAAGUGGAAGGAGAAUUAAAGGGCCCAGCUGUGGACAUCAAGGGCCCCAAAUUGGACAUUGGAACACCAGAUGUCGAACUUCACGGACCUGAACUCAAAAUGCCGAAGAUGAAAUUGCCCAAGUUUGGCGUGAAAGGUGAAGUGCCUGAUGUAGACGUCAGUCUUCCAAAGGGAAGCAUCGAUGUUUCAGCUCCAAAUGUAGACAUUGAAGCUCCCACCUUCAACAUCAAAGGUCCUGGAGGACAACUGAAAGGUCCUCAUGUCAAGAUGCCAGAAAUGCAUGUUAAGACCCCGCAAAUAUCCAUGCCAGACAUUGACCUGAAUCUGAAAGGCCCCAAAGUCAAGGGGGCCCCCCAAAUAUCCGUGCCAGACAUUGACCUGAAUGUGAAAGGCCCCAAAGUCAAGGGGGGUGUCGACGUUUCAAUCCCAAAAGUGGAAGGAGAAUUAAAGGGCCCAGCUGUGGACAUCAAGGGCCCCAAAUUGGACAUUGGAACACCAGAUGUCGAACUUCACGGACCUGAACUCAAAAUGCCGAAGAUGAAAUUGCCCAAGUUUGGCGUGAAAGGUGAAGUGCCUGAUGUAGAUGUCAGUCUUCCAAAGGGAAGCAUCGAUGUUUCAGCUCCAGAUGUAAACAUUGAAGCUCCCACCUUCAACAUCAAAGGUCCUGGAGGACAACUGAAAGGUCCUCAUGUCAAGAUGCCAGAAAUGCAUGUUAAGACCCCGCAAAUAUCCAUGCCAGACAUUGACCUGAAUCUGAAAGGCCCCAAAGUCAAGGGGGCCCCCCAAAUAUCCGUGCCAGACAUUGACCUGAAUGUGAAAGGCCCUAAAGUCAAGGGGGGUGUCGACGUUUCAAUCCCAAAAGUGGAAGGAGAAUUAAAGGGCCCAGCUGUGGACAUCAAAGGCCCCAAAUUGGACAUUGGAACACCAGAUGUCGAACUUCAUGGACCUGAACUUAAAAUGCCGAAGAUGAAAUUGCCCAAGUUUGGCGUGAAAGGUGAAGUGCCUGAUGUAGACGUCAGUCUUCCAAAGGGAAGCAUCGAUGUUUCAGCUCCAGGUGUAGACAUUGAAGCUCCCACCUUCAACAUCAAAGGUCCUGGAGGACAACUGAAGGGCCCCCAUGUCAAGAUGCCAGAAAUGCAUGUUAAGACCCCGCAAAUAUCCAUGCCAGACAUUGACCUGAAUCUGAAAGGCCCCAAAGUCAAGGGGGCCCCCCAAAUAUCCGUGCCAGACAUUGACCUGAAUGUGAAAGGCCCUAAAGUCAAGGGGGGUGUCGACGUUUCAAUCCCAAAAGUGGAAGGAGAAUUAAAGGGCCCAGCUGUGGACAUCAAAGGCCCCAAAUUGGACAUUGGAACACCAGAUGUCGAACUUCAUGGACCUGAACUCAAAAUGCCGAAGAUGAAAUUGCCCAAGUUUGGUGUGAAAGGUGAAAUGCCUGAUGUGGAUGUCAGUCUUCCAAAGGGAAGCAUCGAUGUUUCAGCUCCAAAGGUGGACAUUGAAGCUCCUGGAUUAGAUAUUGAAGGACCAGAAGGCAGAAUAAAAGGUCCUAAAUUCAAGAUGCCUGAAAUGCAUAUUAAAACUCCUCAGAUCUCCAUGCCGGACAUUGAUUUGAACUUGAAAGGGCCUAAAGUGAAAGGGGACUUUGAUGUUUCUGUGCCAAAAUUAGAAGGUGGCUUAAAAGGUCCUGCAAUUGAUAUCAAGGGGCCCCAAGUAGACAUUGAUGUGCCCGAUGUUGACCUUCAUGGUCCUGAAGGAAAAUUGAAGAUGCCCAAAAUGAAAAUGCCCAAAUUUGGAAUGCCAGGUUUCAAAGGAGAAAGCCCUGGUGUGGAUGUCAGUCUUCCAAAGGGUGACAUCAGUAUAUCAGGUCCCAAAGUAGACGUUGAAGCUCCUGGACUGGACAUUGAAGGACCCGAAGGCAAAAUUAAAGGCCCCAAAUUUAAGAUGCCAGAGAUGAACAUCAAAGCACCCAAAAUCUCCAUGCCAGAUUUUGACUUGAACUUGAAAGGUCCCAAAGUGAAGGGGGAUGUGGAUGUUUCGGUGCCAAAGUUGGAAGGUGAUCUGAAGGGCCCUGAAAUUGAUAUCAAAGGACCCAGACUUGACGUAGAUGUUCCUGAUGUUGAACUUGAAGGCCCAGAUGGAAAGUGGAAAGGCCCUAAAUUCAAGAUGCCUGAAAUGAACAUCAAAGCACCAAAAAUCUCCAUGCCUGAUGUGGAUUUCAACCUCAAAGGCCCCAAACUGAAAGGAGAUGUGGACGUUUCCCUACCAAAGGUUGAAGGUGAUUUCAAGGGUCCAGAAAUUGACAUCAAAGGUCCCAAGGUGGAUAUUGAUGCUCCAGACGUCGACCUCCAUGGCCCAGAAGGAAAACUGAAAAUGCCCAAAUUCAAAAUGCCCAAAUUUGGAAUGCCAAGCUUCAAAGCAGAAGGUCCAGAGGUGGAUGUAAAUCUUCCAAAAGCAGACAUUGACCUUUCUGCUCCCAAAGUAGACAUUGAAGCACCAGCCUUGGACAUUGAAGGCCCAGAAGGAAAACUGAAAGGGCCCAAGUUUAAGAUGCCUGAACUGAAUAUCCAUGCACCCAAGAUAUCAAUGCCAGAUGUGGAUUUCAAUCUGAAAGGGCCAAAACUGAAGGGAGAUGUGGAUAUCUCUGGGCCAAAGAUAGAAGGUGACCUGAAAGGACCCAAGGUCAACAUUGAGGGUCCUAACUUGGAUGUUGAUGUCCCAGAUGUGGAACUGGAGGGUCCUGAAGGAAAAAUCAAAGGUUCCAGAUUCAAGAUGCCAAAACUCAAUAUUAAAUCUCCUAAAAUCUCCAUGCCAGAUGUCGACUUGAAUCUCAAGGCCCCCAAAAUGAAGGGUGAAAUGGAUGUAUCUGUCCCAAAGAUUGAGGGUGAUAUGAAAGGACCCAGCAUUGACAUAAAGGGCCCCAGACUUGAUGUGGAUCUCCCAGAUGUUGACCUUGAAGGCCCAGAUGCUAAAAUUAAGAUGCCCAAGAUGAAGCUGCCCAAGUUUGGGGUGCCUGGCUUCAAAGGGGAAGGCCCUGAUGUUGACAUGAGCCUUCCUAAAGCAGACAUUGAUGUUUCGGGACCAAAACUGAAUGCUGAUAUGCCGAGCAUAGACAUCGAAGGUCCAGAGGGAAAACUGAAAGGUCCCAAGUUCAAAAUGCCUGAAAUGCAUUUCAAGACACCCAAAAUCUCCAUGCCAGAUAUUGACUUAAACUUGAAAGGUCCCAGAGCGAGAGGGGAGAUGGAUGUAACUGUCCCAAAUAUUGAAGGCAAUUUGAAAGGACCCCAAAUGGAUAUCAAGGGCCCCAAAGUGGAUAUCGAAGCUCCAGAUAUUGACAUUGAAGGCCCCGAAGGAAAAUGGAAGAGUCCGAAGUUUAAGAUGCCCGAAAUGCACAUCAAGGCUCCAAAAAUCUCCAUGCCAGAUGUUGAUUUGAAUCUGAAAGGUCCCAAAAUCAAGGGUGAUGUGGAUGUUUCAGUCCCCAAACUUGAAGGAGACUUGAAAGGCCCAGAAUUUGAUAUCAAAGGACCCAAAUUGGAUAUUGACAUGCCAGAUGUUGAUCUCCAUGGGCCAGAGGGAAAACUGAAGAUGCCCAAAUUCAAAAUGCCCAAAUUUGGAAUGCCAGGCUUCAAAGGGGAAGGCCCAGAUGUUGACGUGAGCCUCCCCAAAGCAGACAUUGAUGUUUCUGUUCCAAAAGUUGAUGUUGAUGCACCAAGCCUGGACAUUGAAGGCCCAGAAGGAAAAGUGAAAGGGCCCAGAUUUAAGAUGCCUGACAUGCACUUCAAAGCUCCAAAGAUCUCUCUGCCAGAUGUUGACUUGAACCUGAAAGGCCCUAAAGUGAAGGGAGAGUAUGAUGUUACAGUUCCAAAGCUGGAAGGUGACUUGAAAGGACCAGACUUCAACAUUAAGGGUCCUAAGCUAGACAUAGAUGCUCCUGAUGUUGACAUUGAAGGCCCCGAAGGAAAAUGGAAGAGUCCAAAGUUUAAGAUGCCCGAAAUGCACAUCAAGGCUCCAAAAAUCUCCAUGCCAGAUGUUGAUUUGAAUCUGAAAGGUCCCAAAAUCAAGGGUGAUGUGGAUGUUUCAGUCCCCAAACUUGAAGGAGACUUGAAAGGCCCAGAAUUUGAUAUCAAAGGACCCAAAUUGGACAUUGACAUGCCUGAUGUUGAUCUCCAUGGACCUGAAGGCAAAUUGAAGAUGCCCAAAUUCAAAAUGCCCAAAUUUGGAAUGCCUGGCUUCAAAGGAGAAGGCCCAGAUGUUGACGUGAGCCUCCCCAAAGCAGACAUUGAUGUUUCUGUUCCAAAAGUUGAUGUUGAUGCACCAAGCCUAGACAUCGAAGGCCCAGAAGGAAAAGUGAAAGGGCCCAGAUUUAAGAUGCCUGACAUGCACUUCAAAGCUCCAAAGAUAUCCAUGCCAGAUGUUGAUUUCAAUUUGAAAGGCCCUAAACUGAAGGGAGAUGUUGACGUUUCAGUUCCAAAGCUGGAAGGUGACCUGAAAGGCCCAGAUGUGGAUAUCAAGGGUCCCAAACUAGAUGUUGACCUUCCUGAUGUUGAGCUUGAAGGUCCUGAAGGAAAACUCAGAGGUCCCAAGUUUAAGAUGCCUGACAUGCAUUUUAAGACCCCCAAAAUCUCCAUGCCAGAUUUUGACUUGAACUUGAAAGGUCCGAAAGUGAAGGGGGAUGUGGAUGUUUCAGUGCCGAAGUUGGAAGGUGAUCUGAAGGGCCCCAAUAUUGACAUUAAAGGGCCAGGAUUGGACAUUGAUGCUCCUGAUGUUAACAUUGAAGGUCCAGAAGGAAAGUGGAAGAGCCCCAAAUUUAAGAUGCCAGAAGUGCACAUUAAGGCACCUAAGAUCUCUAUGCCUGACAUUGAUUUGAACCUAAGGGGUCCCAAAGUAAAAGGCGAUCUGGAUGUGUCUGUGCCAAAGUUGGAAGGUGACUUGAAAGGCCCGGAGGUGGAUCUCAAAGGGCCCAAAUUGGACAUUGACGUUCCUGAUGUUGACCUGGAAGGACCUGAAGGGAAGCUAAAGGGCCCCAAAUUCAAAAUGCCUGAAAUGCAUAUCAAAGCUCCCAAAAUCUCCAUGCCAGAUUUAGACCUGGGUUUGAAAGGACCCAAAGUGAAGGGGGAUGUGGAUGUUUCAGUGCCGAAGUUGGAAGGUGAUCUGAAAGGCCCUGAUGUCAACAUCAAAGGUCCUAAAGUUGGCGUAGAUAUUCCUGAUGUUGAGAUUGAAGGACCUGAAGGAAAACUCAAAGGGCCCAAAUUUAAGAUGCCAGAAAUGCAUUUUAAUGUCCCUAAGAUCUCCAUGCCGGACAUUGAUUUGAACUGGAGGGGUCCCAAAAUAAAAGGAGAUGCUGAUGUUUCUGUUCCUAAAUUGGAGGGUGACUUGAAGGGCCCAAAUGUUGACAUAAAGGGUCCCAAACUAGAUGUUGACAUCCCUGAUGUUGAGCUUGAAGGCCCUGAAGGAAAACUCAAAGGGCCCAAAUUUAAGAUGCCUGAAAUGAACAUCAAAGCACCCAAAAUCUCCAUGCCAGAUUUUGACCUGAACCUGAAGGGUCCCAAACUGAAGGGGGAUGUAGAUGUUUCUUUGCCAAAGGUAGAGGGGGAUCUGAAAGGACCAGAUGUUGAUAUCAAAGGUCCCAAACUAGAUAUUGAUGCUCCUGACUUCAGUAUAGAUGGUCCAGAGGGAAAAGUGAAAGGUCCCAAGUUUAAGAUGCCUGACAUGCACUUCAAAGCACCCAAAAUCUCCAUGCCAGAUGUUGAUUUCAAUUUGAAAGGCCCUAAACUGAAAGGAGAUGUUGACGUUUCGGUUCCAAAGCUGGAAGGUGACCUGAAAGGCCCAGAUGUGGAUAUCAAGGGUCCCAAACUAGAUGUUGACCUUCCUGAUGUUGAGCUUGAAGGUCCUGAAGGAAAACUCAGAGGUCCCAAGUUUAAGAUGCCUGACAUGCAUUUUAAGACCCCCAAAAUCUCCAUGCCAGAUUUUGACUUGAACUUGAAAGGUCCCAAAGUGAAGGGGGAUGUGGAUGUUUCGGUGCCAAAGUUGGAAGGUGAUCUGAAGGGCCCUGAAAUUGAUAUCAAAGGACCCAAACUUGACGUAGAUGUUCCUGAUGUUGAACUUGAAGGCCCAGAUGGAAAGUGGAAAGGCCCUAAAUUCAAGAUGCCUGAAAUGAACAUCAAAGGACCAAAAAUCUCCAUGCCUGAUGUGGAUUUCAACCUCAAAGGCCCCAAACUGAAAGGAGAUGUGGAUGUUUCCUACCAAAGGUUGAAGGUGAUUUGAAGGGUCCAGAAAUUGACAUCAAAGGUCCCAAGCUGGAUAUUGAUGCUCCAGAUGUCGACCUCCAUGGCCCAGAAGGAAAACUGAAAAUGCCAAAAUUCAAAAUGCCCAAAUUUGGAAUGCCUGGCUUCAAGGGAGAAGGCCCUGAAUUGGAUGUAAAUCUCCCAAAGGGAGACAUUGAUAUAUCUGCUCCCAAGGUGGACAUUGAAGGCCCUGAGUUAGACAUUGAAGGUCCAGAUGGUAAAAUUAAAGGCCCCAAGUUUAAGAUGCCAGAAAUGCACAUCAAAGCGCCAAAGCUUUCCAUGCCAGAUGUGGAUCUUAAUUUGAAGGGUCCAAAACUGAAAGGAGAUGUGGAUGUUUCUCUGCCAAAGGUCGAAGGUGGAUUGAAAGGGCCUGACAUUGACAUCAAAGGCCCCAAAUUGGACAUUGACGCACCAGAUGUUGACUUGCACGGUCCGGAGGGCAAACUCAAAAUGCCCAAGUUUAAAAUGCCCAAAUUUGGAAUGCCUGGUUUCAAGGGAGAAGGCCCUUCCGUGGAUGUGAGCUUACCUAAGGGAGAAGUGGAUAUAUCUGGCCCCAGCCUAGACAUUGAAACACCUGAUUUGGAAAUCGAAGGCCCUGAAGGAAAAUUAAGGGGUCCCAAGUUUAAGAAGCCUGAAAUUAAUGUUCCAAAGAUCUCAAUGCCAGACAUUGACUUGAAUUUGAAAGGUCCUAAAUUAAAGGGAGACUUGGAAGGCGACAUCAAAGGUCCUAAUGUUGAAUUGAAAGGACCUGAAGUUGACUUAGAAGCACCAAAAAUAGAUAUCGAAGCGAAAACAAAGAAAUCAAGAUUUAAGCUUCCAAAGUUCAGUUUUUCUGGUCCAAAGGUUCACACUCCAGAGGUUGACGUGAAGCUUAAGAAACCAGAUGUUAAUAUCUCAGGGCCCAAAGUUGAUGUCCAAGGCCCAGAUGUUGAUGUUCAUGGAAAAGUGAAAGGCCCUAAAUUUAAAAUGCCUUCCCUGAAUAUUUCAUCACCUAAAGUUUCAAAGCCUGAUGUGGAAUUGAAUUUGAAAGGUCCUAAAUUAAAAGGUGACCUUGAUGUUUCUGCACCAAGCCUGGAAGGGGAUUUGAAAGGUCCUGACAUAGAUAUCAAAGGCCCCAAGUUGGACAUUGAUGUUCCAGAUGUUGAUCUCCAUGGACCAGAAGGCAAACUCAAAAUGCCCAAAUUCAAAAUGCCCAAAUUUGGAAUGCCAGGCUUCAAGGCAGAGGGUCCUGAGGUAGAUAUAAACCUCCCCAAAGCAGAAAUUGAUGUAUCAGGACCCAAAGUGGACAUUGAAACUCCCGACUUGGAUAUAGAGGGCCCAGAGGGCAAGAUCAAAGGUCCCAAAUUAAAGAUGCCUGAAAUGCAUUUUAAUGUGCCCAAGAUUUCAAUGCCGGACAUAAAUCUGAAAGGCCCUAAACUGAAGGGAGAUGUUGAUGUUUCGGUUCCAAAGCUGGAAGGUGACCUGAAAGGCCCAGAUGUGGAUAUCAAGGGUCCCAAACUAGAUGUUGACCUUCCUGAUGUUGAGCUUGAAGGUCCUGAAGGAAAACUCAAAGGUCCCAAGUUUAAGAUGCCUGAUAUGCAUUUUAAGACCCCCAAAAUCUCCAUGCCUGAUUUUGACUUGAACUUGAAAGGUCCCAAAGUGAAGGGGGAUGUGGAUGUUUCGGUGCCAAAGUUGGAAGGUGAUCUGAAGGGGCCUGACGUGGAUAUCAAAGGGCCGAAAUUAGACGUAGAUGUUCCUGAUGUUGAACUUGAAGGCCCAGAAGGAAAAUGGAAAAGCCCUAAAUUCAAGAUGCCUGAAAUGAACAUCAAAGGACCUAAAAUCUCCAUGCCUGAUGUGGAUUUCAACCUCAAAGGCCCCAAACUGAAAGGAGAUGUAGACGUUUCCCUACCAAAGGUUGAAGGUGAUUUCAAAGGUCCAGAAAUUGACAUCAAAGGUCCCAAGGUGGAUAUUGAUGCCCCAGAUGUCGACCUCCAUGGCCCAGAAGGAAAACUGAAAAUGCCAAAAUUCAAAAUGCCCAAAUUUGGGAUGCCUGGCUUCAAGGCAGAGGGCCCAGAUGUGGACGUGAGCCUCCCAAAAGCAGACCUUGAUGUUUCUCUUCCAAAAGUGGACAUUGACGCACCAAGCCUGGACAUCGAAGGCCCAGAAGGAAAAGUGAAAGGUCCCAAGUUUAAGAUGCCUGACAUGCACUUCAAAGCACCCAAAAUCUCCAUGCCAGAUGUUGAUUUCAAUUUGAAAGGCCCUAAACUGAAGGGAGAUGUUGAUGUUUCAGUUCCAAAGCUGGAAGGUGACCUGAAAGGCCCAGAUGUGGAUAUCAAGGGUCCCAAACUAGAUGUUGACCUUCCUGAUGUUGAGCUUGAAGGUCCUGAAGGAAAACUCAGAGGUCCCAAGUUUAAGAUGCCUGACAUGCACUUUAAGGCACCCAAAAUCUCCAUGCCAGAUUUCGAUCUAAAUCUCAAAGGGCCGAAAGUGAAGGGUGACGUGGAUAUGUCUGUACCGAAGUUGGAAGGUGAUCUGAAGGCGCUUGACGUGGAUAUCAAAGGGCCGAAAUUAGACGUAGAUGUUCCUGAUGUUGAACUUGAAGGCCCAGAAGGAAAAUGGAAAAGCCCUAAAUUCAAGAUGCCUGAAAUGAACAUCAAAGCACCCAAAAUCUCCAUGCCUGAUGUGGAUUUCAACCUCAAAGGCCCCAAACUGAAAGGAGAUGUGGACGUUUCCCUACCAAAGGUUGAAGGUGAUUUGAAGGGUCCAGAAAUUGACAUCAAAGGUCCCAAGCUGGAUAUUGAUGCUCCAGAUGUCGACCUCCAUGGCCCAGAAGGAAAACUGAAAAUGCCAAAAUUCAAAAUGCCCAAAUUUGGAAUGCCUGGCUUCAAGGCAGAGGGCCCAGAUGUAGACGUGAGCCUCCCAAAAGCAGACCUUGAUGUUUCUCUUCCGAAAGUGGACAUUGAUGCACCAAGCCUGGACAUUGAAGGCCCAGAAGGAAAAGUGAAAGGUCCCAAGUUUAAAAUGCCUGACAUGCACUUCAAAGCACCCAAAAUCUCCAUGCCAGAUGUUGAUUUCAAUUUGAAAGGCCCUAAACUGAAGGGAGAUGUAGAUGUUUCGGUUCCAAAGCUGGAAGGUGACCUGAAAGGCCCAGAUGUGGAUAUCAAGGGUCCCAAACUAGAUGUUGACCUUCCUGAUGUUGAGCUUGAAGGUCCUGAAGGAAAACUCAGAGGUCCCAAGUUUAAGAUGCCUGACAUGCACUUUAAGGCACCCAAAAUCUCCAUGCCAGAUUUUGACUUGAACUUGAAAGGUCCCAAAGUGAAGGGGGAUGUGGAUGUUUCGGUGCCAAAGUUGGAAGGUGAUCUGAAGGGCCCUGAAAUUGAUAUCAAAGGACCCAAACUUGAUGUAGAUGUUCCUGAUGUUGAACUCGAAGGCCCAGAUGGAAAGUGGAAAGGCCCUAAAUUCAAAAUGCCUGAAAUGAACAUCAAAGGACCAAAAAUCUCCAUGCCUGAUGUGGAUUUCAACCUCAAAGGCCCCAAACUGAAAGGAGAUGUGGAUGUUUCCCUACCAAAGGUUGAAGGUGAUUUGAAGGGUCCAGAAAUUGACAUCAAAGGUCCCAAGCUGGAUAUUGAUGCUCCAGAUGUCGACCUCCAUGGCCCAGAAGGAAAACUGAAAAUGCCAAAAUUCAAAAUGCCCAAAUUUGGAAUGCCUAGCUUCAAGGCUGAGGGCCCAGAUGUGGACGUGAGCCUCCCAAAAGCAGACCUUGAUGUUUCUCUUCCGAAGGUGGACAUUGAUGCACCAAGCCUGGACAUCGAAGGCCCAGAAGGAAAAGUGAAAGGUCCCAAGUUUAAGAUGCCUGACAUGCACUUCAAAGCACCCAAAAUCUCCAUGCCAGAUGUUGAUUUCAAUUUGAAAGGCCCUAAACUGAAGGGAGAUGUUGACGUUUCAGUUCCAAAGCUGGAAGGUGACCUGAAAGGCCCAGAUGUGGAUAUCAAGGGUCCCAAACUAGAUGUUGACCUUCCUGAUGUUGAGCUUGAAGGUCCUGAAGGAAAACUCAGAGGUCCCAAGUUUAAGAUGCCUGACAUGCACUUUAAGGCACCCAAAAUCUCCAUGCCAGAUUUCGAUCUAAAUCUCAAAGGGCCGAAAGUGAAGGGUGACGUGGAUAUGUCUGUACCGAAGUUGGAAGGUGAUCUGAAGGGGCCUGACGUGGAUAUCAAAGGGCCGAAAUUAGACGUAGAUGUUCCUGAUGUUGAACUUGAAGGCCCAGAAGGAAAAUGGAAAAGCCCUAAAUUCAAGAUGCCAGACAUGCAUUUCAAGGCACCUAAAAUCUCCAUGCCAGACAUGAAUCUAAACUUGAAAGGGCCUAAACUUAAAGGUGAUGUGGAUGUUUCCAUCCCAGAAUUUGAAGGGGAUCUAAGAGGGCCUGAAAUAGAUAUCAAAGGUCCUAAGAUAGAUGCUCCUGACAUUGACAUUGAGGGACCUGAUGGAAAACUGAAAGGACCUAAAUUUAAGAUGCCUGAAAUGAACAUCAAAGCGCCAAAAUUAUCCAUGCCAGAUGUUGAUCUCAACUUGAAGGGCCCAAAACUGAAGGGAGAUGUGGAUGUAUCUCUUCCCAAGCUGGAAGGUGAUUUGAAAGCACCAGAUGUGGAUAUACAUGGCCCUAAACUGGAUGUUUCUGUUCCUGAUGUUGAGCUUGAAUGCCCUGAAGGAAAACUUAAAGGUCCCAAGUUUAAGAUGCCUGAUAUGCAUUUUAAAACCCCCAAAAUCUCCAUGCCAGAUUUUGACUUGAACUUGAAAGGUCCCAAAGUGAAGGGGGAUGUGGAUGUUUCAGUGCCAAAGUUGGAAGGUGACCUGAAGGGCCCCGAAAUUGAUAUCAAAGGACCCAAACUUGAUGUAGAUGUUCCUGAUGUUGAACUUGAAGGCCCAGAAGGAAAAUGGAAAAGCCCUAAAUUCAAGAUGCCUGAAAUGAACAUCAAAGGACCUAAAAUCUCCAUGCCUGAUGUGGAUUUCAACCUCAAAGGCCCCAAACUGAAAGGAGAUGUGGACGUUUCCCUACCAAAGGUUGGUGGUGAUUUCAAGGGUCCGGAAAUUGACAUCAAAGGCCCUCAAUUGGACAUUGAUGCUCCCAAUGUUGAUAUUUAUGGUCCAGACGGAAAGGUGAAAUUCCCCAAGAUGAAGCUGCCCAAAUUUGGCAUGCCUGAGUUCAAAGGGGAAGGACCUCAUAUCGAUGUAAAUGUACCCAAGGGUGAAUUGGAAUUAUCAGGCCCCAGCUUGAACAUAGAAGGACCAGAAGGAAAACUGAAGGGUCCCAAAAUCAAGACACCUCAAAUAUCCAUGCCAGAGAUUGACUUAAAUCUGAAGGGACCUAAAGUGAAGGGUGAUGUUGAUGUCGCUCUUCCCAAGGUUGAAGGCAGCUUAAAAGGUCCAGGAAUUGAUAUUCAAGGGCCAGGAAUUGAAGCUAAGGGCCCUGAGAUUGACUUGGAGUGUCCAGAUGUAAACCUUGAAGGGCCAGAGGGAAACGUUAAACUCCCUAAAUUUAAAAUGCCAAAGUUUGGAUUUGGAGCAAAAAGCCCCAAGGCAGACAUCUCCCUCCCAGAAGGUGAGCUGAAUGUUGAAUCGCCUGACAUCUCCAUUUCUGGAAAAGGGAAGAAAAGCAAAUUCAAAAUGCCUAAAAUCCACAUGAGUGGGCCUAAAGUCAAAGGCAAGAAGGCUGGCUUUGCCGUGAGUGGAGAUAUGGAUGCAAGUAUGAAAUCGCCAGAUUUGGAAGGAAGCAUUUCUGUCCCUGAAGCAUCCCUGAAAGGAGACAUGAAUAUCAAGUCACCCAAAGGAAAGAAGUCUAUGUUUGGGAAACUCUCUUUUCCUGACGUCGAGUUUGAUAUCAAAUCACCUAUGUUCAAGGCUGAUGCUUCUUUGCCAAAGGUGGAAGGGGAAAUCAAGUCACCAGGAAUAGAUGUCUCAUCACCAUCUCUGAAAUCUCCAGAUCUUGACAUCACAGUUCCCAGCGGAAGUGCCAGCCUCCCCGAUGUCAAUAUUGGAGGUCCUGACAUCCAUCUCAAGAAGCCAAAGUUCAAAUUCUCAGGUGGAAAUGUCGAUCUGGCUGGUCCCAAACUGGAAGGAGACCUUCGAGGCCCUAGUGUUGAUGCCAACCUCAGCGCGCCUGACAUCAGCCUGAAAGGUCCAUCAGUGAACCUGCCAUCCAUGGGUGUUUCUGCUCCUUCCAUGUCAGCCCCUGACAUUAACUUGAAAGGACCAAAGCUGAAAGGUGAUAUUGACCUUCCCCAGAUGGAAGGACAAGGCCUAGAAGGGAAAUUGAAAAUGCCAAAAUUUGGCUUGCCAAAGAUUGGGAAGCCAGGUGUGAAAGUGGAGGGGCCCGAGGUGGACCUUCAAGGAAAACUGCCCUCAGCAAGUGUUGAUGUUUCGGCCCCAAGCAUCGGAGGAAGUGUGAGCGCUCCUGCAGUGGAUGUAAGCUUGAAAGGACCAAAAUUUGGAGGAGACGUGGGCCUUUCUGGUGACAUUAAAGGUCCAAAGAUCGGAUUUGGCACACCAGAUGUUGACGUCAGUGGUUUUGAAGGAAAGCUUAAAAUGCCAAAGGCCCCAGGCCUAGAUGUCAAUGUGAGUGCUCCAGACCUGGACGUGAAAGCGCCAACAGUAAAAAUGGCCUCUGGAGGAGGCAUUUCAGCGCCUGACUUUGAUGUGAAUCUGAAAGGACCAAAGAUCAAAGGAGACUUCGGCAUUUCUGGUGGCAUUACAUCUCCCAAGGUGGCUGUCGAGGCACCUGACGUUAACGUGGAAGGCUCUGGAGUUGGAAUUAAGAUUCCCUGCAUGAAGCUGCCCCAGUUUGGCAUCGCCAGUGAAGGAGGAAGUAUUUCAGGACCACAGAUCAAAGGGCCUGAAGUAGAUCUCAAAGGACAUGACAUUUCUGCCCCAGGCUUUGACUUGAAUGUGAAAGGACCAAGUUUGAAAGGUGACGUUAACGUAUCUGGUGGCAUGAAAGGUCAACAGAUCGGCAUGGGGGCACCAGGUGUGAAGAUUUCUGGCAUGGGCUUGGACGCUGGCGCUCCUGAUUUCAGCUUGAGAGGACCUUCGCUCAAUGUGUCAGCUCCCAAAGUUUCUGGGCCAGAGCUAAACAUGGGCAUGCAGGGGUCUGGAGGCCUUCAGUUUUCUGGACCAAAGGCAGGGGUUGAUCUCAAAGGUCCCAAAUUAGAGGUCAAAGGUCCUUCUGUUGGGGUGAAUGUUCCACACGGCCAUGUAGAAAGCCCAUCUGGACAAGUGUCGUUCCCCAAAAUGAAAAUGCCAAAAUUUGUGGUUGCAGGGCAAGAGCUAACAGGAAGGGAGGUUGGAGUUGAUGUUGAGUUCCCUCAGGCGCCAGAGGCAAGUUUCCAUGCCGGGGCAGUGAAUGUCGAACUGGAAGAGCCUGACAUUAAGCUUAAGAAAUCUAAAAUCAAAAUGCCAAAGUUCCCUUUCUCAAAAUCUAAGGUCAAAGGCAGCGUUGGCUCCCCAGAGAUCUCAGUGUCUGCCUCAGGGUGCGAAGGGGAGUUACAGGCCAGCCUGGGUUCCUUGGAGGGGGGUGUGGAAGUGGAAGGGUCUGCUUCUCCGAAAGGGAAGUUCUCCUUCUUUAAGGGCAAAAAGUCCCGGCACCGGUCGUCGUCUUUCAGCGACGAGCAUUCCUCACAUUCGACGCCAACAGGCACACUGGAGCAUGACAAAGGCAAACAGGCCAAGCUGAAAUUUGGUACGUUUGGGGGGAUAGGGGCAAAAACUAAAGGUUCUUAUGAGGUAUCGGGAAGUGAUGACGAAAUGAAAUGAGUGAAUGGGGGGGGGUUUCUCGUGUACAUAUUGUCUCUGUGUGUAUAUAUCUUAUCUAUCUCCCUUAUAUGUGUGUAUAUACAAAUUUCCUAGCUUGAAAUGCUCAGCAAUAAAAACAGGGUGCCCAGUGAAAUGGUAGGCCUUAACUGAGAAAUAACCAUGUUUUUACUGUGGUCAGGGAGUCGUCCCAACAUGAUUAUCUCUUCCAUAGAUUAUAUGUAUAAAUAUCUCACAGAAACUGAUACAGCGGCUUUUUUGUUUUGCAAAGUUCUUAAAGCAGUGAUAUGGCAGGUAAACUUGCAUCCCAGAAUGCAUUGCCGUGCUUCCCACAAUGCACUGUGGCUGUAAUAACGGUUAAGUAGUGCCAUUUUUUUUAAAAAAGCGGCAACGCACACGUAACACAGAAUGCUGCUUGGUGAAUCAGCUGUAUCAGUUUGAAUUAAACAGUAUCAUUUGUGCCAUGGGUAAUAAUGCCGAUUGUGUGAUGGGCACUUCUUCCGGCUACCAGUUUGAAAAGAGGUAGAACCUGGAUUUAUGUGAUAUUUAAAGCUGUGCCAUUAGGAAGGUGGGGUGUACAGUUCCUCAGAUGUAUUUUGGAAGUUCUCUCUUGUGUUUUAGGGUUGGGGGUUUGCGCUUCGUACGCUGAGAGCUUUACGUUUACUUAAGCAAGCUUUUAAAAACAUAUAAAUAUAUAUACUUUUCGACUUGCUAAAUAUCUUCAGUGUUGAUCUAUGGCAAUUGUUUUCCAUUUCAAUGACUCCCCUCCCCCUCCUGCUUUUAUCUGUGGAAGGGGGCAGCUAAAAAAAUUCUGUUGUUUAAAAAUUGGAUGUGUUAAAAGAAAAAGAAAAAAACUCUGUAAAAAUAUAUAGAUGCAACUGAGAUGUGUCAAAUUUGGGGCCUCACAGUCUUACAUUGCUGCAUAAAGGUCAGGUUUUUUGUAUUCAUUUGAUACAGGACAGAUGUAAUAAAACACCCAUGGUAUAAUUUUCCAAUUUUGUCUGGUUAAAAAAGUCACGAUAAAAUAAAUUAACCAAAGAUUUUGUGUACAUUCUGACACCAUCUUAGUCAUCUCUAUAUAUUUGUUAUUUUUGUAUAAUGAAAUGAAAGUUUUCUGAGAUGUGGAGCAAAAUUCUUCAAGGCCUUCUAUAUUCCCUCCCAACCUUACAGAUGCUAUUUGUUAUCUACUUCAUCUUUUUGUUUAACAAAUGUAUCUCAAUUUUAAAACAAAACAGUAAAAGGAAAAUCUUUUCAGCACUUUAAAAGCAAAUUAAUUGAGAAUAACUGAUAUUGUAAAAUGGAAAUAAAGUGUUUAUUAACCUUUUGACCUCCUGAACCUUUUAUUCCCCAGUAUCCCAGCUGCAUUUCCAAGCAACACAUAGGUGUGAACCCAGACUAAAAGCCACCCCAACCUUCCAUCGUUGUGUGGGGAGGUCUGAAGGGGGCUUUGAAGAUUACUUGCCCGACUUUCAUCCUAAGGCGCCAGGGCGGGUUGCAACAAUUAAAAAAUAC